GCCCCAAACCCAAAGUCUCAUUUGGCUGCAUUUUGCCUUGCCUGCUGCUGAAAGUGUCUCUCCCCUGCGCUAUUAUGCGAUGGGAUCAUUUGCUGCCAGAAGUUGCCCAGCAGCUUCCGAGGAGGCAGAAAAGGCCGAGAUCCAGGGCGCGCAUCACCGAGCCGUAGGCAACCUCGGCGCGCGGAGGCGUUGAAGGAGAGGUGCUGCUGGGAACCCAAGCGGGGUGGGCAGGAUCCUGGCUCGCCCUGGACGUCUCCGCCCGGUCACCGUCGAAGCGGGACGCUGCGCCAGACAAACUCACUCACUCUCUCCAGGUUUAAUCCGGCGCGGCUGCAUCCUUUUUUCGCUCCUUCUUCUCCGGGGGCGGGCAAGCGGCUCGGCGUCUCCGCCAGGGAAUGCGCAGCAUCCCGCCCGCGUGGUCUCAUCUCUCGGGGGCGGAGGCCGAUCCCUUCGCCGAGAGGGGAGGGCCACGAUCAACGGGCGGAGGAGUGGGUGGGCGGGCGCGCGCGUGGGGUGCUCGCCUUCUCCUUGCGCGCGGCUGCCUUGUGUUGUGGAUCGGGCGCAGCAGGGAAGCUUAGCCGGCAUGCGAGGCGCAAUUGGAAACUGAGGGCUCCCCGUGCUUCUUUUAUUUUCUAGCUAGCGAGGAAAGGCUGUGUGUGUGUGUGUGUGUGUGUGUGUGUGUGUCACGACAAGGCGAUCGCAACACGCGGAGAGAUUUUUUUCCCGAUGGCUUCCGGCGCCAGCCAAGUCCCCCAGCCCCGGACUUGCAACGGGGCUCCGGGAGCGCGUCCUGCGCGCAGCGCGUCGGAGGAAAGCGACCCGGACCUGCAGGUGAAAAUGUGCAAGAAGAUCGCCCAGCUCACCAAGGUAAAAAUAAAUAAAUACAAUACAAUACGGGGGGUGUGUGUGUUGAGGGUCGCUGGCAGCUGCUGCUGCAGGCAAGGAGAAGUUUACGCGUGUGCUUCCCAUCUCCCAAGGAAGGGAAACGCCUAGAAACUUUCGUUUCCGUUGGGAGUGCGCGAGACUCUUCAUCGCAGGGUCGUGGGUUCGAGAGAGAGAGAGAUCCUUGCAUGGCAGCGGGUUGGACUAGAUGACCCUAGGGGUACCCCCGCAACUCUCUCCAAGAGUCUAGUGAUUUCCCCCUUGGGAUGGAAAAGAUCGGCCGUCUUGGACGCCUGACCGCCUCCAUCCUCUCUAGUCUAGCGAUUUAAAACAAUGGGGAAAAAGCAGCCGCCAGCGCUGGUUGCAGGUUGCAUGGUGAAAUUAGCCCUGCUUUUAACGACGUGGUGGAGUCGAUCUUCAACAAACCGCCAGGGAAGUUUUGCUUUUGCUUUUUUUUUUUUGCAGUGCUAAUAUUGGAUGUUGCCUGUAAACCUGUAGCUGUCGUGGAGAGAACGGAGAACUUGUCCUUUCAGUUGGGAUAAGGGCGCAAAUGAGGAAAUAGAAUGUUUAAUAGAAAUACAGUGGUACUUCGGGUUAAGUACUUAAUUCCUUCCAGAGGUCCGUUCUUAACCUGAAACUGUUCUUAACCUGAAGCACCACUUUAGCUAACGGGGCCUCCUGCUGCUUUUGCACCGCCGGAGCACGAUUUCUGUUCUCAUCCUGAAGCAAAGUCCUUAACCUGAAGCACUAUUUCUGGGUUAGCGGAGUCUGUAACCUGAAGCGUCUGUAACCCGAGGUACCACUGUAUUCUGUUUCAGGGUGCAGCAACGGAGUAGGUUUUCAAGGUGGCCACAGGGCCGGCCCACCCAAGGGGCCUGGUGAGGUGACCGCUUCAGGCGGCAGGACCCCUGGGGCAGCAGAUCCCAACAUCAGUCUUUCUUGUCCACUUGUUCCUAAUGUAGAGAUUUGCUCAUCCCUUUCUCCCUGGCAGGGAGGGGGCACCAUUUUGGGGGUUGUUGCCUCAGGCGCCAAAAUGUCUUGGACCGGCCCUGGUGGCAGAUGAUAGCAGCGAGCUUCCUCAGAGGCUUGGUGAGGGCAGCAGGACAGGCAGAGUGAUGCAGCUGUAUCUUCUUAUUGGCACAAUGCUUGCAGCCUAGCACAGUAAAGCCCAUCAAGAAGUGAAUCUUGUGGUGAUGGAGAAGAAAACUUAAGAAUCGAAAAUAGCAGGGUUUUCUCUUGUUUCGGUUUCAUUUCGAUUUUGCACAAUAGUUAAUAUAGUUAGUUAAUAUAGUAUAUUAUAGUUUAUUAUAGCGGAUAGCCUUCCUCUCUCCCAUCAUUUUAUUUGUCUCCUAGCUCAAUGCAAAGUAUAAUUAAUAUAUCAGUUAUAAAAAAAAAAAGUUGUGUUUUCUAUCUUUUUUUGCACUGCCCCUCAAAUUUAUCUAUUUAAAAAAACAAAAAAUGCUUAGCCUUGCUGUUUCUGCUUAGGAAAAUAUUGCUUGAUUAUAGUCCAUGCUAAUUAACUUAAUAGAUCUGGUUUGUGGGUGGUAGUUUCUGCCUGAAUAUGGAACUGAACAAGAUCAGCACAUUUCAAAUAUUUUAUCAGCCUAUCCUUUAAUUCUACGCUUACUUGUGGGUUCUAACUCCCGUAAGAGAGAAUUCAACUGCUCAGUGGACCAGACUAAAGGAUAUAUUUACCAUUUGAGAUUCCCUGGGGCUUCUUGCAUUUUAAUAGAAAUAGCAUUUGUGAGGAUGAAUAUCAGGAUUUCAGCAUGAAGGAAGAGUGGUUUGACCUUUUCAUCCCAUACCAUCUCCUCUCCAAAAAUCCCACAUGGGUGCCAUUGAAACAUUGUCCCUUCAUCUCAGUAGAAAAUAAAACAUACCUGUCAAUUAAUUCAGCCAUGGAUACACAAUCUUGCUAACAGCAACCUUGUAGCAUGUAAGUGUUUUUAUAUACCACAAAGCUCUGACCUCCCUACUGAACAGUCGUACCUUGGAAGUCGAACGGAAUCCAUUCCGGAAGUCCGUUCAACUUCCAAAACAUUCGGAAACCAAAGAGCAGCUUCUGAUUGGCUGCAGGAAGCUCCUGCAGCCAAUCAGAAGCCACAGAAGCCCCGUCGGGCGUUCGGCUUCCAAAAAUAGUUCACAAACCGGAACAGUCACUUCCAGGUUUGUGGCAUUCGGGAGCCAAAACAUUCGAGAACUAAGCUGUUUGAAAACCAAGGUAUGACUGUACUCAUUUUGGUCUGGGUGUGCUAGAAAUGGGACUAAAAAAUUGUUACACUUUUGUAGGCAUUUUGAUAUUCAUACCUGCUUAAUUACUUUCCCCCACACUCUAAGAACCAUAUCCCAUACUCUGCAAUUGAUGGAACAUAGGAAGGUUUUCAGUUAUGUUCCACAACAUUUAAUUACACACAACAUAUAAUUUAGCUGCUUGUGAUCAGUUUUAAAAGGAGCUUUUUACUAUUGAUGGUCUGUAGGUAGUAUGUGACCUGUAAUUUUCAGAAGGCUUUUAUGUGUGCGCACUCAAAAAUGGAGGUUCCAGUUUCCACACAAGCAACUCUAUUCUUAAGUUUAGUUUUUGUCAUGAAUAUGCAAAAGCGAAAACAACAACCCUAUUUAGAUGUUUACGGCUCAGGGAUGUGAACAUCGCAUACUUCUGUGAUCUGCUGCUUGUGAUUUCCACUCAUGCCUUAAUAAUGACAAACCAUGUGUUUUGUGCAUGGAUAAUACACAGUACGUAGAAAUGUAUACAAGAGUGAGUUUUUAUACGUUUUCAGAAGACCAAGUAUGUGUUUUGUAAUAGUUCCAUCUAUAUGCAUGGAUGCACAAACUUCACACAUGAAUAAACCUUGAUUCUACAGGAAACAUGAGCUAAAUGGCCAAAUACAUGGUUAGUUAAAGUUUAUAGGUCUGUAAAGAACACAUCACCGUUCUAAGGGAAGCAGCUGGAUAUGGCGCUUUAAAACACAGAGCUAGAAGGUGCCUAGAAAGUGUGGCCUUUUGCCCACCAUGCAGCCCUUUCACCACAUGCUGUGGUUAAACUAAAGGUAAAGGGACACGGGUGGUGCUGUGGGUUAAACCACAAAGCCUAGGACUUGCUGAUCAGAAGGUUGGCGGUUCGAAUCCCCACGACGGGGUGAGCUCCCAUUGCUCGGUCCCUGCUCCUGCCCACCUAGCAGUUCAAAAGCACGUCAAAGUGCAAGUAGAUAAAUAGGUACCACUCUGGCGGGAAGGUAAACGGCGUUUCCGUGCGCUGCUCUGGUUCACCAGAAGCAGCUUAGUCAUGCUGGCCACAUGAGCCGGAAGCUGAAUAAAGCGAGAUGAGCGCCGCAACCCCAGAGUCGGCCAUGACUGGACCUAAUGGUCAGGGGUCCCUUUACCUUUAAAGUUAAAGGACCCCUGACAGUUAAGUCCAGUCGCAAAUGACUCUGGGGUUGUGGCGCUCAUCUCGCUUUGCUGGCCGAGGGAGCCGAUGUUUGUCCACAGACAGUUUUUCUGGGUCAUGUGGCCAGCAUGACUAAACUGCUUCUGACGAAACCAGAGCAGCGCACGGAAACGCCGUUUACCUUCCCACCGGAGCGGUACCUAUUUAUCUACUUGCACUUUGACGUGCUUUCGAACUGCUAGGUUGGCAGGAGCAGGGACCGAGCAACAGGAGCUCACCCCGCUCUAUUUAUCUACUUGCACUUUGACGUGCUUUUGAACUGCUAGGUUGGCAGGAGCAGGGACCGAGCAACAGGAGCUCACCCCGUCGUGGGGAUUCAAACCGCUGACCUUCUGAUCGGCAAGUCCUAGGCUCUGUGGUUUAACCCACAGCGCCACCCUCAUCCCAAUGAAACUUUAAGCAAUGCAUUUGGGAGGGAAACUUCCUGCUUCCCUGAUACUUGAUGGGCUGGAUACCUGCUGAGAGAGAUCCCCAAAAGGAAGGCAAUGUGUCCUUCUAUGUAGGUUGCGCAGAACUGCGAUGUACUUUGUAGGAUUCUUCCAAUAUGCAAGCCUUCCCUCUGCAAAAACCCCACCUGUUAGGCAUUUUGCUAGGAUAUCUGUAAAGGCCUUUGAGAUUCCAUGGGAGGAAGGCUGUAAUCGAAAAUGUCACACAGGAUCAGUGACAGCUAUUAAUAACUACUGAUGGGAUAUUUUAAAGGAUGUCAGAUUGGCCGGGUGAAGUAUUAAUUUCAUUAUAAACCUGCAUCCUGGUGUCUCGUUCACCAGACUAUAAGGCGAGUUUGCAAGCAGAUAGCCUAACUCAAUGCUUCCAUCAGGAUGAGUGUGUGUAUAAGUUUAGCUAAAGUCACAUUUUGUUGUUGUUAUGGAGGGAGAAAAUCUUGGCACUGAAGGCUGAGUAGGGUUGAGACAGGUAGGGCAUCCUUGCCCUGAUCAUAGCUGUCAACUUUUCUGAGAGCCAGCAUGGUGUAGUGGUUAAGAGCGGUAGUCUUGUAAUCUGGUGAACCGGGUUCGCGUCUCCGCUCCUCCACAUGCAGCUGCUGGGUGACCUUGGGCCAGUCACACUUCUUUGAAGUCUCUCAGCCCCACUCACCUCACAGAGUGUUUGUUGUGGGGGAGGAAGGGAAAGGAGAAUGUUAGCCGCUUUGAGACUCCUUCGGGGAGUGAUAAAGCGGGAUAUCAAAUCCAAACUCUUCUUUUCUCUUUUCUUGCGAGGAAUCCUAUUCGGAAUAAGGGAAUUUCCCUUAAAAAAAAGGAAAACAUUGACAGCUAUGGCCCUGAUCCAAAUUAAAGCCCUCUUCACGACCCACAGCUGCUUUAAAGGGAACAGCAGCAGCAGCAACCACACAGAGAAAGGCAGUCACAUUUGAAACAGCAACGCCAUGCCCACCACAAAUUAUUCCAGAGUAAUCAAAACUCUUCAUUGCAGCAUUUUUUUAGCCUUCACCUUUCUGAGAUUUCCCAUGUGAUAAAAUUUCUUUGUCAACAUAGUGCUGGUGCAAAAUGAGGUAUAGAAAGCAUAAUUCCUGGAUGCCAAGAUCCAAGUUUUGGGCAAGUACUCUUUGGUGAGAGAACUCCAGCAGAAAUUUAAAACCCACAAAAAUAUGCAUCAAAGCAAAGCAUGGAAAUAUAGGCUGUUAGACCUUUAGAAGAUGCCCUUUCAAGCUCCUUCCAAAGUUUCCUUUCUCCCCCAGCAUAGGAAAAGACCACAGAUUUGAUAAGUUAAAAGAUGGGUUUACUUACAAACACUCCAAAGGUCAGGUUCAUGUGCUUUUCCAUACAUUAGUCAGAAAGGUUGCACAGGCAGUAAAAUGUAGCUUAGUUGAACAGCUUGGAUGUUGAACUGCCCUGAAACAGUAAGUCCCAUGCUCAGGCAAGGAGGCUACUGUACGGUGGGUGAGACUAACAGAAUCCCUCUUCUGUCUCUUUGGCCCAUCCUCAAGUGCAAAUAUCAAAAGCCAGCAAACUGUUAAGCAGGGCACCGGGGAAGAGAGUAGGACAUGUGUAAAAUAAGACAGUGUAGUGUAGUGGUUAAGAGCAGGGGACUCAUAAUCCGGUGAACCGGGUUCGAUUCCCCGCUCUUCCACAUGCAGCUGCUGGGUGACCUUGGGCUAGUCACACUUUUCUGAGCCUCACUCACCUCACAGAGUGUUUGUUGUGGGGGAGGAAGGGAAAGGAGCUUGUUAGCUGCUUUGAGACUCCUUAGGGUAGUGAUAAAGCAGGAUAUCAAAUCCAAACUCCUCCUCCUCUUCUUCUUCUUCUUCUUCUUCUUCUUCUUCUUCUUCUAAACCAGAGCUACCUGCCCAUAAUACAGUGGUACCUCGGGUUACAGAUGCUUCAGGUUACAGACUCCGCUAACCCAGAAAUAGUACCUCGGGUACUAUUUGCUUCAGGAUGAGAACAGAAAUCGUGCUCCAGCGGCACGGCGGCAGUGGGAGGCCCCAUUAGCUAAAGUUGUGCUUCAGGUUAAGAACAGUUUCAGGUUAAGAACGGACCUCUGGAACGAAUUAAGUUCUUAACCCGAGGGACCACUGUACCUAGUGGCACUUCCAGGCAGGUGUUUAUUGGGAGACAGGUGCUCCUCACGCUUACAGCUUUAUUAAUUAAUUUGCAGUAUCUCAAUCCCCACCCCAAUUUAGAUCUCCUUUCCCUUGUCUGCUUUUCCUAUACCUCCAUCUGCCCAAGACUCAUUCAGUAGAACUGUGCCACCUUCUGUGAACAACCAUCUGUCCAACUGCCAAAACACAUAACUGUUGUCAGCAAGCAAGGAAAGCUAAAACUUCUAAAGGAAACGCGCGCACACACAGACACACACCCUGCAAUUUUCAGGAAUAAGCUAGUUAACACAUAAAGCUAUCAGUGCAGUAGUACAAUAUAAUCAAUAGUGGAAAUUGGGGCUGGGCAAUAGCCCGUUUUCAAUCUCACGAUAUAUUACCGGCUAAAUAUCUUGAUAUAUCAUGAUAUAUAUCUGUGAUGGCAGAGGGCCUUGCUGGGCCUCCCUGAGGCAGCAGAAGGUCCCACAAAAGCACUGACCAGGAUAUUCCUGGAUGUUCUUCAGUCUGUGGGAUUUUUAACCUACCCCAGGGCAGAUUUCAGGACCAGGGCAGCUCCAAGAAAUUACAGUGGUACCUCUGGUUGCGAACGGAAUCUGUUCCGGAGGCCCAUUCGCAACAGGAAAAGCGCGCAACCUGAAGCGCCGUAUCUGCGCAGGUGCGUGGCGCGAUUUGGCGCUUGUGCGCAUGCGUGAGUGGCGAAGCAUGUCAAAGUGCAAGUAGAUAAAUAGGUACCACUCCGGCGGGAAAGUAAAUGGCGUUUCCGUGCGCUGCUCUGGUUCGCCAGAAGCGGCUUAGUCAUGCUAGCCACAUGACCUGGAAGAUGUACACCGGCUCCCUCGGCCAAUAAAGCGAGAUGAGCGCCGCAACCCCAGAGUCGGCCAUGACUGGACCUAAUGGUCAGGGGUCCCUUUACCUUUACCUUUUACCACUGUAUUCUGAAGGCAGGCUUUAAUCUUGUGGUUACAGUUUCAUUUGUAGAGAAAAGAAGUCUGAGCCUCAGACUUUCUACCCUGUGACUUCCAUCCUCUGUAAGGAUGAGCCAUGUGCUGAUGGCUAAGAGCCAGCAGAGAGGAGGAUGGCAAAAGAAGAAGAUGGCUGUGUGACUAGCCCUUUUAUAGUGUCUGCCAGGGUCACACCCAUCUACCUGGCCACACACAGGGGCAGGAUAAUCCAGAGCAGGUAUGACAGAAAGUUCUCCGUGUCUGGAGCAACAUUCCCCUGUGUGUCCACUCUGGGCAACAGGAAAUGUUGUAUUUGACUGCUUCAGUGGUGAUACAUCCCACACAAUCCCAGUCCAAUAACCCAUAUGUCAUCACAGUAGUGGCUGUGAGGAACCACAGGUGGGGUGCCAUCGCUCUCCUAGCUUCCCAGCACAGCAGGUCACUGGUGCUUCUGGGGAGGGAGAGAAGAAGGGUGGUUGACCCAAUGCAGAACAUGGUGGGUGGCGCAGAGGGUUAAACCCGACACUACAAGUCCAAGACAAGACACCUUCCAUGCAUUCACACGUUUCAUGCCACACCUGUUUUGACCCUGAGUAAAUACUGUAUUUUUCGCUCUAUAGGACACACCCAACCAUAGGACGCACAUUGUUUUAGAGGGGGAGAACAAGGGAAAAAAAUUCUCCCACUCUUUGCUCAGCGCCCCUUCAGUGAAGCGGCAGGAGAAACGGGGCCCCUUCCAUUUCUCCUCCCACUUGGCUGAAGGGGCGCUGUGCAGUUCUCCCUCUCUGCUAAAGCCAGGAGAGUCUUGCUCUCCCGGCUUCAGCAAAAGGAACCCUUCAGGCGGCUAUCCCUGAAACCUGGAGAGCAAGAGGGGUUGGUGUGCACUGACCCCUCUCACUCUCCAGGCUUCAGCAAUAGCAACGCGAAGCCUCCGGAGCGCGGAGGGAGCGCUCCUUCUGCGCUUCGGAGGCUUCGCGUUGCUAUCGCUGAAGCCAAGGAGUCUGCAUUCGCUCCACAGGACGCACACACAUUUCCCCUUAAUUUUUGGAGGGGAAAAAGUGGGUCCUAUAGAGCGAAAAAUACGGUAGCAGAGGAAAGUGGCGGAAAGCAGAGACACAGAGCAAGCAGAGAUUAGAGAGAAGACAAGUGUGCUGGCAAUAUCCAUUCACAGACAGGGCCUAGCAGCAGAAGUCUCUGCGCGUGCAGCUGUUUCGAAGGAGGAGCAGACAAAUAAGGGAGUUAAUGAAGCUUGAAGCAGCAGGCUGUGCGUUUCCUAGUUGAACGGAAUCUCAAAAGCAAGUUAUCUUUGCCUUUCUCCUGAGCUCUGAAUUUCCUUGAUUCUUUGGAAUACAUAAUUUAUGGACCCAUUAGAGAAACCAGUACAUGGAUAAUGAGAUUAUCGGUUUUAAUUGUUGUUAGAGGAAGUUGUGUGUCAAACUUCGCAUGCUACGCUUGAAAAGCUAACCGAAAGCUUGGCACCCCAAUUCGGCAAAGUGCACCAAGGACCACAGAUCACAACUAAUCUCCUUUGCAUAACACUUAGUGAGUUUAGGUCACAAACAUAGAAAACCAAGCUGAGCAUCAUUUGCAUUUUUGAUUUUCCCUUUGGUCUAGAAUAAUCGCGAAAAUGUCAAGUUCUUCCAUUUGUUGUGCAAAUCCGUCUUUUAAGUAUCCAUGCCCUUACAUCCUAAGUUCAUUUAUUUGAAAACACAAUUUGUUUAUCUCACUGAAUGUUAUUUCCAGGUCCGUCAGUAUCAUAGCUGUCAACGUUUUCCCUUUUUUAAGGGAAAUUCCCUUAUUCCGAAUAGGAUUCCUCGCAAGAAAAGGGAAAAGUUGACAGCUAUGGUCAGUAUAAUGCAAGAUUGCCUUCUAAGGCCACAAUUCUUUCCACACAUGGGCUGCGUACACAACGCUGGCUUAAAAUGCAACUAGGUCAUUAUUUUUUCCAAUUCAGAUCAAAGCCUGUUUGGGAGAAAACUCAUCAAGAUGCAGUAUUUAAUAAUGUGUGCCUGAAAGCAGCAAUCUAAAUUUGCCAAUAUGUGAUUGAAUCUCACCCCGAAAAAAGACAGUACAGAAGUACGCCAAGUUUUAUUUACUUAAGAAAUUUAAACGCCACUUCAUAAUGUUUAGCUGAGAGCAGUUUACAGUGUAAAUUAAAACAGUAAGAUAUACAACAGAACAAUAAAAACAAUCAAUUAACACUGUUGAAAGAGCACUGUGAAAACUUCAUUUCCAGUGCUUGAAAUUAGUUACAAUUUCUCUAAUUAAUGAUUGUUCUGUAUUGUUAACUGUCCUGGUUCCUUGGAGUGGGAUUACUUAUUCUUUAGAACAAAGAACAAACUGAAUUUUCAGUGAAGUUAACAUGUCCAUCUCCCAAACCUUAAAUUUCCACAUAUUUAUUUUGCUGGUGUGUAGGACAACAAAUGGUUAUCAAUACAUGUUUAGUUCAUCGUACAAAAAGGCUUGAAAGCUUCCCUAAGAAUUCUUUUGUUCUGACUAACGGGGCGAGUAAAAAUAAAUAGGAAAUCAUCUGGUAUUUGUUCUCUUCUAGGAUCCUCCAAAAGUGCUUUCACAUCAUUUACUAUAUUGUAGUAUAUUGAUCUUUCGAAAGCCUCCUGCAAUUACACUUAGAGCCUUCAGUUACCCUUAUAAAUCAGGUUUAUGGCAUCCAAUACAUUUCUGCUUUGCUUCGUGGACCACUUUUGUUCAGUUAAUUAUACAGGAAAUAGAGAAUUAAAUUAGUAAAGUUUGCAAUCCUUUCUGCAGGUAUUUUGUCAUUUCAGUUUCAGUUUUGAGCACAAGAACAUUAAAAGCUGAAGUGUCACCAAGAUAUGUGAGAUAGAAUCUUCUUUUAGAAAGGUCAGCAGAGAGACUUCCAUUUUUUGUACUCUAAGACUAGGCUUGCCAUAUGCCCGGAAUUUCUGGGACAUAUCCGGAAUACUGCUGUCUCUACCUGGGAGAUCUUCCUUUCCCUGCCUCUAACAUCAGCCAUAAGGGACACAGGUGGCGCUGUGGGUUAAACCACAGAGCCUAGGACUUGCCGAUCAGAAGAUCGGCAGUUCGAAUCCCUGCGACGGGGUGAGCUCCCGUUGCUCGGUCCCUGCUCCUGCCAACCUAGCCGUUCGAAAACAUGUCAAAGUGCCAGUAGAUAAAUAGGUACCGCUGCGGCAGGAAGGUAAACGGCGUUUCCGUGUGCGGCUCUGGUUCGCCAGAAGCAGCUUAGUCAUUCUGGCCACAUGACCCGGAUGCUGUCUGUGGACAAACACUGGCUCCCUCGACCAAUAAAGCGAGGUGAGCGCCGCAACCCCAGAGUCGGUCACGACUGGACCUAAUGGUCAGGGUCCCUUUACCUUUACCUUUAACAUCAGCCAUUCAUCAGCUUCCUGUGAGUAUCCUCAUUAAUGGCUUCUUCAUAUAACAAGAGGCAGAAAGGAAAGGGAGUGAUGGACUAGAUUGGCUCAUGUUCAAAUCCCCACUCUGAUGCACUCUGAGUGACAGGAUGACGAGAGCGCCUGCGCCUUUACUUGUAUAGAAAAGAUGCAUAGAAUUCCUUCUUCUACACAACCUAUUUCAGUGUAGAACACAAUCCUCUUUUUUCAUCUGACCUCCCCAUGGGUGUCUAUGGCAUACCUGCAUCACAAAGGUUGAUGGGAGGCUCAGCGAAAAGGAUAGCAUAGCUUUCCAAACUCUGUGUAGUGACAUGUUAGUGUGUUGGCUGCAGUGUUUAGGUGUGUUGUGUGAAUGCUGCCUGCACCCCUUCCGGGGCUGGGAAGGGGGUUAGUUUAACCUCCGGUUUGGUAGUAAAAUUGAAUUACUGUGUCGCGAAAUGAUGCACGUCUAAAAAGUGUGUCGCCAACAACCAAAAGUUUGGAAAGCUCUGAUGUAUCGUAUGCCACCAUGGGCCCCUUGGAAGAAAGGUGGGUAAGUACAAUUUAUAAAUUAACCUAAGCAAAACCUUCCUUUUUAAAAACGAAAACCAAAAACAUUUUUAUUUGAUUUUACAAAUAUAAGUUUCUAACAAUCCAAAUGGAUAUCCAUAUAUAGAGAUUGCUGCUCUGACUCUCACAACUUCCCCCCAACCCUUCCAUGUGUUAACGGAGAAAUCUGAGGGCUCCCUUGGACAAAAAACAAAGACACCAGCCAGGAAUACCAGAGCAAAACAGCAGCCAGUAGGCUUGGUCUUUAUUGAAGACUGUCGCGACAGGACUCCCACCUGCCACAUGGUGGAACAAGAUGGAAGCUCCGAACAAAAGAGCCCCCAAACUUUUAUUAGCUGCUAAUCCCCAUGUUACACCCCCCCAAACUACAUCACUAAUACAUCAUGGUUACAUCAUGAAAGGGGAGGUCUGGUGGCAGUAAUCUGGGCAUCCUGGACCCUGCCCCAUGGUUCUCCUUGCCCUCCACCAAACACCCAUCAAGUGUAACAAAAGAGGUAUUUACAUUUCCCUGUUUCCCAGCCAAGUUAAUCACACCCUUUUGUCCUCAUCUGGGUUUCUUAUUUCUGGAAUGGCUACCUGUCUGGCACUCAGGUAUCAGGAUGCCAGGAAUUAUCACUCAGGCAGAGGGGCUGCUGAGUAGCUGAGCUCACAUGUCUAUAUGAAUUUCUGAAAUUUUCCCAGUGAGCCAGUACAUAGAUAAAUUUAUCAGUGAAUAGUUACAUUUGGUAUCGUGCAGCAAAGGCCCUAUGAAUAGAUAGGAAGAAACUGUGAUGAAGUGUUUUGUGGGGACAAAUCACCAAAGUCACAAAAGUGAUUGUGCUGGUUUUGGUAGUGGGCUGCAUGUGCGUGAUACCUGCUGGAGGGGCAACCCCCCCCCAACCUAUACAUAAAUUCCUGCAACACAUGGGUCCUAUUGUCAUCAUUGACAACUGCAUAUUGUUCCAUAAUCUAUAUCAGGCACCCCCAAACUCGGCCCUCCAGAUGUUUUGGCCUACAACUCCCAUCAUCCCUAGCUAAGAGGACCAGUGGUCAGGGAUAAUGGGAACUGUAGUCCCAAAACAUCUGGAGGGCCGAGUUUGCCUAUGCCUGAUCUAUAUUUUACAUCCAUCCAUAUUAUCUAUAGUAUUUGUUACAUUACAAGUGAGAUUAAAAUCCUGCUAAUGUUUACAUCUGCUUGCAGUGGUCUCUUAAAUAAUUUUUUUAAAAUUCCCAUUCUAUUUUGUCCUCUUGGUUCCUGAGCUUUCCAGUCAGCUUUGCCAUUUUGGCAUACAGUGGUACCUCGGGUUAAGUACUUAAUUCGUUCCGGAGGUCCGUACUUAACCUGAAACUAUUCUUAACCUGAAGCCCCACUUUAGCUAAUGGGGCCUUCUGCUGCCGCCGCACCGCCGGAGCACGAUUUCUGUUCUCACCCUGAAGCAAAGUUCUUAACCCGAGGUACUAUUUCUGGGUUAGCGGAGUCUGUAACCUGAAGCGUAUGUAACUGAAGCGUAUGUAACCCAAGGUACCACUGUAGUCCCAUCAGUUUAGCUUGCCAUUCCUCUCUGGUAGGGACUCUUUUAUUCUUUCCAUCUCUGGGCUAGCUAAGCAGACCUCCCUGAUAUCACCGGUAAAAUCUGCUUCCACUUCCAGCCAUAUUGACUUCACUAUCCCUUAAAUGGGCAGUCCACUGAGGUUUAGUGCAUGGGUAGGCAAACUAAGGCCCGGCGGCCAGAUCCAGCCCAAUCGCCUUCUAAAUCUGGCCCGCAGACUGCCCGGGAAUCAGCGUGUUUUUACAUGAGUAGGAUGUGCCCUUUUAUUUAAAAUGCCUUUCUGAGUUAUUUGUGGGGCCUGCCUGGUGUUUUUACAUGAGUAGAAUGUGUGAUUUUAUUUAAAAUGCAUCUCUGUGUUAUUUGUGGGGCAUAGGAAUUAUUUUAUUCCCCCCCAAUACAUAUAUAUAUAGUCCAGCCCCCAAGAAGGUCUGAGGGACAGUGGACUGGCCUCCUGCUGAAAAAGUUUUUGUGUUUUUUUUUUAUUUUUUAUUAAAUUUUCCAACAUACAUUUAUAGUAUCCAAUCUAAAUUUAUCACAUAUUUUCUCUUUUAGACUUCCUUCAACCUCUCUGACAAUCAUCCAUUAUUCAAAUUUUUAAAUACGCAUUUCCUAAUUUUAUAUUGCAUUUUAUAAACCUUCACACACUUAGUUUUCAUCAAUACAAUAGUCCUCUAUCAUUUACAGAACUUCUUGAAAUCCCACUAGCGUUAUUUGCUCAUCACAUACACAUUUCAGAUAGUCUGAAAAUUUUCCCCAGACUUCAAUGAACUUUUGAUCUCGUAUAUAUCUGAUCUUUCCUGUUAGUUUGUCCAGUUCAGCAUACUCCAUCAGUUUCAUUCUCCAUUCUUCGAGCGUCGGCAGUUGUUCCUGUUUCCAUUUUUGGGCCAAUAAUAUUCUCGCUGCUGUUACUGCAUAUUGGAAAAGUUUACAGUCCAUUCUAUUUAUUUCAUUUCCUACUAUUCCUAGAAGAAAAGCCUCUGGUUUCUUAACAAACGUAUAUUUCAACAUCUUUUUCAUCUCAUUAUAUAUCAUUUCCCAGAAGCCCUUCACCUUCUUACAAUCCCACCACAUAUGAUAAAAUGUUCCUUCUUUUUCUUUACAUUUCCAACACUUAUUACAUGUUUUAUACAUGUUUGCUGAAAAAGUUUGCUGAAGCCUGGUUCAGUGCAUCUAUAUAUUUCACAGGACAGACAUUCUGUUGCCCUACUUUUCAUUCCUUUUGUGAUUAUCCCCUUGUGUGACCAGUAGAACAAUGUUGGAAGUAAAACCUGAGCUUUCUGCAUCUCAGGAAUGCCAGACCAUGUAAUCUUAGAUAAGUGGGGUGAAAAAAAUAAAUAAAGAAAAAUCCAGUAAUGGCUAAAAGAAGAGAAAAAGUGAAAUUAGGUUGUUGUUGUUUUAACUACAGUAGAGGAUGUCAUUUUUAUAAAGGGCCACCAAAAACACACAAAGCUGGCAUCUGAGCUCCAGUCUCUCCAACUAUAUUUAAAGAACAAUCCAGGCACCGGGCAACAGAAAACUCAAGACAAAACUCAAAACGGUUACAUUUUGGAAGGCUGAAAAUGUUUUACUGCAUCUCUUCCUGCUGUGUAUAUAGAUCCAGAACAGGCAGGGAAAACGUAUGGAAUCUGCAGAAGUUUAAAGAUUAUUUAUAAAAUUUUCAUGUGAAUUUGUGUAAUAGCUGCCAAGCUAGUAAAUGAACAUCAACCACUGUGGACUAUGGUUAUGGGCUGCGCCUUUAAGAGCAGUCUGAACAUGUAGGCAGAUAUAAUCAUAGAAUCAUAGAGUUGGAAGAGACCACAAGGGCCAUCGAGUCCAAACCCCUGCCAAGCAGGAAACACCAUCAGAGCACUCCUGACAUAUGGUUGUCAAGCCUCUGCUUAAAGACCUCCAAAGAAGGAGACUCCACCACACUCCUUGGCAGCAAAUUCCACUGUCGAACAGCUCUUACUGUCAGGAAGUUGAUGAAGUAGAUGAAGCUUUCCCCAUCGAUUCAUCUUGAGGUCAAGAAUAUCCACGUGGUUGCAGGUAGCAAGACCAGGAGAUUUGUGACUUCCAGGAGGUGAGUUACUUACUUGACAUAGCCAGUGGGCUGCGUUUGACAUGGUACAUAAUCAGAAGAUGUUCAGGUCAGAUUGAAACUGAUCCCAUUUCCCACCAGGUACAGUGGUACCUCGGGUUACAGACACUUCAGGUUACAGACUCCGCUAACCCAGAAAUAGUACUUCUGGUUAAGAACUUUGCUUCAGGAUGAGAACAGAAAUCGCGUGGCUUCGGCGGCUGCAGCAGGAGGCUCCAUUAGCUAAAGUGGUACCUCGGGUUAAGAACAGUUUCAGGUUAAGAACAGACUACCAGAAUGAAUUAAGUUCUUAACCCGAGGUACCACUGUAUUUAUGCAUUACAAAUACGAGUAUUUCCAUCCUACCUUUCUACAUUCAGCUUUGAAGAUGGAUUUUAAAACAAUAAAAUACAAUAAAAACUAACAGCACAUUCCCACGUUGGGCAAAAGAUUCCUGAUGAUAUUUGUGGUCCCUUCCAACUCUACAAUUCUAUGAUUCCAUGAAAUAUGCAGUCGUACCUCUACUUGGGUUCACCUCCAGUUACGUAUCUUUCGGGAUACGUACGCGGCAAACAUGGAAGUAUUUUUCCGGUUUUCACCCCGCACGCAUGCACAGAAGCGCUCUACCGCCAUGCACACAUGUGCAGAAGCGGUCCCUCUGGUUGCGGAAACCUUGGGAUCCGACCAGAGCUCCAGAACAGAUCCUGUCUGCAACUAGAAGCAACGCUGUAUACUCAGAGGUAAGCCCCAUUAAGUUCAAUAUGACUUCUGGGUAAAUGGUAAAGGGACCCCUGACCAUUAGGUUCAUUCGUGACAGACUCUGGGGUUGCGGCGCUCAUCUCGCUUUAUUGGCCAAGAGAGCCAGCGUACAGCUUCCGGGUCACGUGGCCAGCAUGACUAAGCCGCUUCUGGCGAACCAGAACAGCACACGGAAACGCCGUUUACCUUCCCCCCGGAGCGGUACCUAUUUAUCUAGUUGCACUUUGACGUGCUUUCGAACUGCUAGGUUGGCAGGAGCAGGGACUGAGCAACAGGAGCUCACCCCGUCGUGGGGAUUCGAACCACCGACCUUCUGAUCGGCAAGCCCUAGGCUCUGUGGUUUAACCCACAGCGCCACCCGUGUCCCUAAAAUGGUAUAUAGAUGACUGCAAUCCAGUUACUCAGUGGGGAUUAUUUCCAAGCAAACAAAUGUUAUUUUUGUUUUUAAAAAGUCAGAAAAGGAUAGUAUAAAUGUUUACACAUGCAUACACAUACAAAAAUUACAACACAUACAAAAAUGACACCUGUAAUCUAGAUGUUUCCCUUGAAUUGCUGUUAAUCUCUUCCUCAUGUUGAUUACUAUUCAUGCAUGUUUGUCCUGCUUUUAGUUCCUGUUAGCUACUUACCAUAUAAGUAUCUGGAGAGAAAGGUAGGGUAUAAAUAAGAUAUAUAUAAAUCUCUGCCUGCUGCCUUUCAGAAAGCUUUCUCAUUCUUUGGGUUUUCUCCUCUAUUUUCUAUCCUCCCUCGCACCUUCUCAUGACACCUUUUACACAGUUAAUGAGUCUGGCUGCUGGAACAGCUCUUUUAGUGCUGAUGGCAGAUUCCUGCAAGACUAAUGGGACAGGAACAACAAACAUAAAUCACGACAUUUCUCCAAGAAUCACUUAACAUCUCUCUGCCCAGCCCCAUCCACUGCAUGUUUUAUGCUGCCAAGACGAACACAUAACUUUUAGUACAAGAUUUAGCAGCAGGGAAUGAACAGCCUCACCAAAGACUUUAAAGGUGUGUGCCUUUGCAUGUGAGAGUUCAGGAAGAUUCAGAUCUAUCAGUGCUGGGUGCUUCUAGGCAGGAUUUUAAUCUGCACAUGGGCCAUUAGUUUUGGGGGUUGUUGUUGUUUUUUACUUGCUGGAUUUUCCCUAGAUAAGGUCCAGUAUCCGACCAGCCCUUUCCACAUAUUAUUAUUCUCAUUUUCUUUAUACAGUCAUACCUCAGGUUAAAUGUGCUUCAGGUUGAGCUUUUUCUAGUUACUCUCCGUGGCAACCCAGAAGUAACGGAGCAUGUUACUUCUGAGUUUCGCCGCUUGCGCAUGCGCAGAUGCUCAAAAUGACAUCAUGCGCGGAAGCGGCGAAACGUGACCCGCGCAGACGCGUCUUACGUUCUAUUCAGGAUGUGAAUGGGGCUCCGGAAUGGAUCCCGUUCGCAUGCAGAGGUACCACUGUAUUUCCAGGUAUAUGGUGAUGCUCAAAAGAGCCAGACAUAGCAUCAAAGCCUUCCCUGAAGUGUGACUUUGCCAUUUGAUAAUGUAUCAUGUUACAAAAGUCAGGUGCCUGCCCCUCUCUCUGCCGAGUGGUAGCAAGAGCCAUGGGGUACCAGGCACCCACACAGGGUCUGUCUCCCUUUGGAGAAAGGAAUACAUGGAGGAGACUGUCAUGAAAUACGGUUUAUUCACCUAUUUACACCCUCAGUCUGCAUGGAGGAAGUACAGAUCUUACAGCAUGGUCGCUUCAAGAGGGACUUGCCGCCAGCUUCCCCCAAAAUGGAUCUCGGCUCUUCCUCCUGCUUCUCCUUCCCAGCACCCUUGCUAUAAAAUGCCCUUUUUCUGUCCCCAUCACCUUAGUAACAUCUGACUCCCCAGGCCAAAGGAUUCCUCCUCGAUGGCCUGUCAGCACCUUUUGUCAUGUUAACAGGUUUGCUCUUCACUAAGCCAGCCAGGCUGGUUUCCAUAAGCCAGGCCAGGAAUCCCCUGUCUAACAGAGCUCUGCAGCUUGUAUACCAGUGGCAUAGCGGGGAGUGGGGGCUGUCACCCCGGGCAGAUUUGGGGGAGGUGGUGCCACCAGGUGCCCCCAGAACAGGCUCCCAUUGGGCAGGCUCCAGCGUGUGAAGCUCUGAUCCGGGAGCGCAGUGGAGGAGUCAGCAGCAGAGAGUACUGCCCCUCUCCUUGGCUGGACUGCGGUGAGGGGCAACGGGCUCCGUCUCUGCCCUGCCCCACCUUGGGGAUGCGCCAUGCACAUUUGCACCGGGCACCGGAAGCAUGCGCUCCGCCACUGGCUUGUACUUAAAUCCAUAUCCCCAAAUCCUAGAAUUUAUUAAUUUCUAGGGUUGGGGGGUCCCCCUUAAGUCUAUAACACCGCUGUGUUUGUAUAAUGUGGUGUUUUAAAGAUUUGUUUUUAUAUUGGCUGCGUAUAUAUUUAUUUCUGGGAGGGACGCGGGUGGCGCUGUGGGUUAAACCACAGAGCCCAGGACUUGCCGAUCAGAAGGUCGGCGGUUCGAAUCCCCGUGACAGGGUGAGCUCCCAUUGCUCUGUCCCUGCUCCUGCCAACCUAGCAGUUCAAAAGCACAUCAAAGUGCAAGUAGAUAAAUAGGUACUGCUCUGGUGGGAAGGUAAACGGCGUUUCCGUGCGCUGCUCUGGUUUGCCAGUAGUGGCUUAGUCAUGCUGGCCACAUGACCUGGAAGCUGUAUGCCGGCUCCCUCGGCCAAUAAAGCGAGAUGAGCGCCAAAACCCCAGAGUCGACCAAACAAGCAGGAUGAGUGCAUCCAGAACGUACAUCCUACCUGGCCCUCAGUCCAGGCCAACACAUCUUGAGGACUAGAGAGGUAAACACAGCUCAGCAGUCAUGUAUUGUUGAUGCCUAGGACUAGGAAAGCAGUAAAGUUCUUACAUCACAAUCUAGUAUAUGAUUUAUGAGUUGCAUUCAACUGAGUGGGUUUGUGGACCUGCCUUGGUUUCAUCCUGGAGGUAAUUCUUAAAACCAACAGAUCCCUACUUGUGUGCCUGAGCAGAGAGGCUUCUAAAAUACAGUGGUACCUCGGGUUACAGACGCUUCAGGUUACAGACUCUGCUAACCCAGAAAUAGUACCUCGGGUUAAGAACUUUGCUUCAGGAUGAGCGCAGCAGCAGCGCAGAGGCAGCAGGAGGCCCCAUUAGUUAAAGUGGUACCUCAGGUUAAGAACAGUUUCAGGUUAAGAACGGACCUCCAGAACAAAUUAAGUUCUUAACCCACUAUAUAUCCAAACAGACAAAAGAUGACAAACCAGCGAAGGACACAUUUUACAACACAGUAAAAAAACCAGAAUUGAGACAGCAGUGAGAGAACGAAAGACAGUAAAAGCAGGAUCCGUUUCUCCAAGUUGUUUUUAAUGUUAAAAAUGAAGUGAACUCAUGAACCCCAGCUCAGGAGACUCAUUCCUUGGCUUCAAGGAAUAGAUGCUAUCAUUUCUGCCUCUGUGCUAGCAAACUGCACUUCUAAUUUUUUUUGACAGAAUAAAUAAAUAAUAAUAAUAAUAAUAAUAAUGUGUAUGGGAAAUUAGGCUGGUGCUGCCAUUUCCCAUCACUAUGCUGCUGGUGCAGAAACUACAGGAAGUGUGCAGUGAAGGGCAGGUUGGAUUAACUGAGGGGCAGGGAGGGCCCAAUGUCAUCGCCAGCACAGCCCACUGGGCAGACAGGUUUAAACCUUCCCAACCCAGUAAGCAUGAACUGGAAGAAAACAGCUGACUGCUUCUCAGCUGAUCUGAUGGUGGUGUGGCUUUCUGCCUGCUGUGUGGGGCAAGGAGCUUUAAACCCAGCGUGAGACAAAGGGAAGGAAAGUCAGGCCCUCACUACUAUUCACCAUAUUGGUACGGAUCAUCUGAGUGAGAGAUAGGCUUUCAUCUUGCUUUAAAUCUCGCUGCCCUGCCCGGGGAUGAAAAUAUCUCGCUUCUCAGCUGAGCUGAACAGGUUGGGGAGGGGCAGCAACUUGGCCCCAUCCCCUACGGAUCUGGCCCGGCCACUGAUGGAGUGUGACCCCAUGAUCUUUCUUCCCAAGUAAUCUCAUCCUUCAGAUGAAAUGUCUUCCUGUCCCUUUCUAAAGAAGAGCACCCCUGCCCAGGAUCUAAGCCAAUGCUUCUAAUUGGCAACAUGCAGAAUUAUUUAAUUCUGUUUCCGCCAAUUUGACAGCAGUCGUUGAAUAAUUGAGCAACAUCUGGGUUCAUUAGCGCUCCACUAGGAGGAAGGAUUAUGGAAGACCGUUUUCUCUGGCUAAAAAGAAAAGAGAAGAGUUGAUAUUACAGUGUUACCUCGGGUUACAUAUGCUUCAGGUUACAUACGCUUCAGGUUACAGACUCCGCUAACCCAGAAAUAGUACCUCGGGUUAAGAACUUUGCUUCAGGAUGAGAACAGAAAUCGGGCUCCAGCGGUGCAGCGGCAGCAGGAGGCCCCAUUAGCUAAAGUGGUGCUUCAGGUUAAGAACAGUUUCAGGUUAAGAACAGACCUCCAGAACAAAUUAAGUACGUAACCAGAGGUACCACUGUACAUAGAAAUCACAAGAAGUAAUAAGAAACUCCCUCACAGGAGUGUCUUAACAACCAAUAUAGCUUUGGGGUGUUUGUUUGCUCAGUUCCCAGAAUAUGUUUUGCUGUUGCAUAUUUAUCUGGAAUGUUCCCAGACUCAGCACGGAUACUCCUGUUAUUUUUAAGACUGCAGUCUUCAAAUAUCACCUAGCAAUGAGCAUGUGCAUGGCUUUUAUUUUAAUGUCGUUUGCUUAAUGGACAGCAGCCAUGUGGAAUCUUAUCUACAGCAACACCACUUAGCAUCAACUACCCAACCCCAGAGGGUGCUCUGUUUCAGCAGCUGCCCCAUGGCUUUUGAGCCGUCUUAGGGGUAAUUCCAGAAAUUCUGCUCACCUCCCUGAUAAAGGAGGAUCUUAAACUAUUUCAAUUUGUUACGGCUGCAGCUAGGAUCCUCGUGGCUCAAAAGUGGAAAUUACAGGAGACCCCAACAGUAUUGGAGUGGCAGACUAAAUUUUUUGAGUAUGCAGAAUUAGCUAAAAUGACUUAUAAAAUUCGAGACCAAAAAGGGACAAAGUUUGAAGAAGAGUGGGGUAAAUUUGUUGCAUAUAUAAGAAUUAACUGUAGAAGUCUAAAAACUGUAGUAGGGUUAACAUAAAUCCUGUGAUGUGUAUAGAAGGUAAAUAAGAAUCUACAAGAGAAGUUAUAAACUAAGAACACUGAAGCAGGGAAGGAUGGAAAUCUGGGCGUGAAUUUACGCAGUGUAAAUAAGAUGAUAUAAUAUGAUGAUUGUAAAAGAUUAAGUUUUAUUUAUGUUUGUGAAAAAAACAAUAAAAAUAUUUGGGGGGGGGACAACAGAAAUUCUUAUCACCUCCCAUGAACCCCUUCCAUUAUCUCACUUCUGCCCAUGUGCACAUUGUGUAUCAUUAUGUCGCUGGACUUAGUUGUUGUAUCAGUUUCCUGACUCUGUUCUGUUCUCAUUUGGGAAAGAUAAAGUUUUUAUUUGGUUUCCUGACUGGUGUGCCAAAGCCUUCUAUGGCAUGUGCCCCCUUUGGGAAGGCAUGUGUGGACUAGGACCAGGCGAUAUCUGGUUUUCUGCAUUGCAAUAUAUCACCAGCUAAACAUUGUGAUAUAUCACAAUGUCUGAAACAAGGAUGGAGCUAUGUAGAGACAUUGCCUGGCUUCGCAGUUUUCCCCUCAUUGUGAUUUUUGCAUAGCACACACAUAUAUACAUCAUGAUUUGCAAUAUAUUGCCAGGUCAAAAAUUAUGAAACCCAUAUUGCGAUGUAGACUUCAAACAGUUUUUGGAUGAUAUAUUGAUUUAUUGCCCAGCCCUAGUGUGGACAUCUCUUGCUCUGUAUGCAGAGACUUUUCAGAUGUGUUUUUGUCUUCCUCCCUCAGCUCAGGGCUUAUCCACCUUUCCUCUUGUUCUGUUGCUUCCCCCAUCCCCGGGGAAAACUGCUCUUGAGCACUCAGUCAGAGCAAACGGCAAAUCAGAGAAUACCAUUUGUUCCAAUCUACUGCUAAAGAGGUUUUCCCUCGGAAAGGGGAAAACCUCUUGGACCCCUGCCUAGAAAGGGUGUCAAUAAAGAGCACAGACCUGUGCUUUUUAGACACAGCCCGAGCGGAAGUGUGGACAAGCGCUCGGCCAUGCUUUCCCUCAGUGCAUAAAAAGGUAAAGGGACCCCUGACCAUUAGGUCCAGUCGUGGCCAACUCUGGGGUUGCGGCGCUCAUCUCACUUUAUUGGCCGAGGGAGCUGGCGUACAGCUUCCGGGUCAUGUGGCCAGCAUGACUAAGCCGCUUCUGGUGAACCAGAGCAGCGCACGGAAACACCGUUUACCUUCCCACUGGAGCGGUACCCAUUUAUCUACUUGCACUUUGACGUGCUUUCGAACUGCUUGGUUGGCAGGAGCAGGGACCAAGCAACGGGAGCUCACCCCGUUGCGGGGAUUCGAACCGCCGACCUUCUGAUCGGCAAGUCCUAGGCUCUGUGGUUUAACCCACAGCGCCACCCGCAUCCCAUAAACACAGUACAGCAAUCCAAAUUACUGGCAUCAGUGCAUAGGCGAUAUGAAAACCAUUGUUGAUGCCUGGAAGGGAAAGGGGAGGGGGAAAUGGCUUCAAGAAGAGGAGACAGAUAAUUUUCACCACUAUCUCUUGAUGUGCGGUCUUGGUGUGUGCGUGUGCGCAUAACCGGCUUGGCCUCAAUACUCCUGGAGGCUGUCGUUUAGCUUGCGUAUUCAAGUCAAGUAAUAUUAAGCUGUUUGCACUGAUAGACUUAGCUGUUGCAGGUUGUAGACAGCAGGAUUUUGGAUCAUUCUUCAAGUUCAUGCAUCUUCCUCAGCUGCCUGCAGACUUUCUAAUGUCAUUUUAUUUAAUAGCCAGUCAUUUUUGUAAUUUAUCUGUCCUGCUUUUAAUAGUGUUUCAUUUAUUUAUUUUUCACAUUGCUCCCAUAUUGUUUUAUGAGAGGGUAAAGGUAAAGGUAAAGGGACCCCUGACCAUUAGGUCCAGUCAUGACCGACUUUGGGGUUGCGGCGCUCAUCUCGCUUUAUUGGCCGAGGGAGCCAGCGUACAGCUUCCGGGUCAUGUGGCCAGCAUGACGAAGCCGCUUCUGGCAAACCAGAGCAAUGCACGGAAACGCCAUUUACCUUCCUGCCGGAGCGGUACCUAUUUAUCUACUUGCACUUUGACAUGCUUUUGAACUGCUAGGUUGGCAACAGGAGCUCACCCUGUCGCAGGGAUUCGAACCGCCGACCUUCUGAUUGGCAAGUCCUAGGCUCUGUGGUUUAACCCACAGCACCAUCUGCGUCCCUUAUGAGAGGGUAGUACAGUAUAUAACUACUUUUACAAAUAAAUAAGUAAUGGGACCUACACACAUGGCUAUAUAUAUUAAGCCAGCCUAUUUAAUUCAUAGAAUUGUAGAGGUGGAAGGUAUCCCGAGGGUCAUUUAGACCAACUUCCUGCAAUGCAGGAAACUUCAUUCAUCCCAUUUAUUUCUCCUGCAGAGAAGAGAAUGCACAAGCAGGGCCUGUUCCUCUGUAGGGCUAUGCGAUAAAUUGUCAUAUUGUUGAAUACCGGUAUUGAAAUAGCAUUGUGAUAAGUGUUUCAACAAUGCAGUAUACAGUGGUACCUCAGGUUACAGACGCGUCAGGUUACAGACUCCGCUAACCCAGAAAUAGUUCCUCAGGUUAAGAACUUUGCUUCAGGAUGAGAACAGAAAUUGUGUGGCGGCAGCAGGAGGCCCCAUUAGCUAAAGUGGUAUCUCAGGUUAAGAACAGUUUCAGGUUAAGAACAGACCUCCGGAACGAAUUAAGUACUUAACCUGAGGUACCACUGUACUGGUGAACAAAAGGUUGAGACUUGACAGCUUCCCAGGGGAAAGCUAAUGUUGUAAGCCAAAAAUGGCUUAUCUUCUGAGUUUAAGCCAAUAAAAAUCGGAGGCAAGAGGAGUUAGGUGGCCAUUGUUGUUUAUUGCAAAGCAAUAGGUACCAGUCAAAUCUUUUCGCAAAACUGCAACACCGCCCAAGGGUCCGGGCGGUGGUAUUUAUAACAUUUCAAACAAAGGAUUUCCAUUUUCACCAAUCAUGUACAUCAUUACCUCAUUUCAUGUUUAAUACACAUGCACAAUAAGCACUAGCAAUUUCUGUUGAUUCAGCUCUGAUUCCCACCACUUGUAACAUUGUGUUAGUAUGCAUGUUGGGAACCUAUGUUACGUGUAGCCGUUUGCACCAUGUAGCAACUUAUGUUCUAGUUUAUGAGCUGUAUCUUUUUGAUUCUCAUAUGAGCUGUACUUCUGCCCCGGUGGGGGGGCGGCAACUUGCAAAAUCAUCAGUUUCAUAAAGCAACAGGUUACCAUAAAUUCUCUAUUAGAAGCACACUCAAGGAUUUAUAGGGGUUCACAUUAUUAUAUUUAUUGUGGCCCUUUGGACCACGACCACACAACUUCCUUACAUUUAGGUUUGGCCUCAUUGAAGGGCAGCAUUUCAAUAGGAGUCGGAAGAUGAGAGUACCCCCUAAACAUUUUUAAAGAAAAAAAGCACUGGGUAGGACACCUGCCCUAUAGCCAUCUGUAGCAUCUGUGUCACUGAUGAGAAAUCUGUGAAAACAGAGAAAUGACAUCAUUCUCCUGGCUUGGCAGAACCAACAGCUUAAGCUUGCUAAAUUUUCAGUGUCCCCACACUGUGGUUAAUCUUUGUGGGGGUAUGGCUGGCUAUUAUUCUGGUCCCUACUUCCAUGCCUUACACAUAACCAGAAGGAAGUAAUCUACCACAUACAUUUGGAGAAAAAACUUAAAUGGUUUUUCCUCUGAGCAUUCAUUAGAAACAUCUCAUUUGCUCCCUGCCCCCCAUUCCCAAUCUUUACUAUUGGUCCUUGCCCUUAUUGCCUAUUAAUCCCUUCAGUUGUCACCACUUGGGGCACACAUGUGUCCCUGAACUUUUAAAAAAUGCAUAAACUGCAAUGCAAACCAUGUUUUGUUGGAAGUAAAUCCAAUCCCCACACAGCAGAGAGGCCCAACUGGCUUGGACCAGAAAUUUAGUGGCACCAGCAGACCGCAGACAAUUCUUCUAGCAGAGGUUUGGCAUCCUUUAGACUUUCAGGCAUCUCUUGAAGAUUUUUUAAAUGCAAACAGGCCUACGCAACUGUUUAACAUUUCCUUGUGCAUUCCAUCAUUCGAACAACAAAAUGCUUCUAUAUUGCUGUUUUGCCGAUUUCACAGGGUCCCCGGACAUUUCACCGUCUAUUAAUCCCUGUGCCACCACUUUAUUUCACUCUGCCACCAUCCAGGCCCUACCUGGGACAAUACUGAGUCCAGUCAGGGUUAAAUUGGAACAUAAACUUCUGUUUAUUUAUUGCAGUUUAACAAGUGUGUGGUUUCAUAAAUGGUAUCGGUCAGUUACAAUCAUGGGGUGCCUAUCCAGACCUAUAACUUCCGCUACCUGCUCUCCCUCACUAAACAACUUCUCAGAUAUUUACUCGUCUUCCUAGCUCCUAACUGUUCCUGACUCAGCUUAUUUCACUACACUAACUCAACCUACCCACAGACUCUAUCCCAAUUCACUCCCACUCCAACCACCCAACUCCCAAUGAACUCUCCCCCUUCGCCCCUCCUAGAGCUGAUUUUAUAGUCCCUCUGACUCCACCCCCUGGGUUCUGAUUGGGUAACCUGUUUAACUAUUUCACCUCCAGCACUCUAUGUUAACAUCACAGCUGUAUACUAUCUUGAUACUUUAUGAGAGGGCAGUAUCUAAACACUUUUUUAAAUAAAUAAAGAUAAAUUUGGUUGAGUAGAGGUUACUCCCAGUCAAGUGUGCCCAGGACUACUUAGAAGUAAAACCAUGGAACCUCCACUAUAAUAUAUUAACAGGUCAUCCCCCUCCCCAUUAGGUGUCAGUUUGCAUUUCUUGGCGCAGAAAGUAUUGAUCUGAUGUGUGGAGAUCUUUCCUAUUCUGAUUAAUACAAGAGGAUUCUAGAAGCUACUAGAAGUUUCUCUGUGUGAGAGAAGCAGGCAGAAGCUUCAUGACUGUUUGGGUUAUACCUUCUGGGAAGCUGGUUUGAACUGGUUCUCUUAUCUCUUCCAAAUAAGGUCAUGCUGACUAUAAAUAUAGGCCAGAAGGAGCCUGGUCUUACUUUCUCUCUUACUUCUGGUGUGGUGUUCUGUACAUAGUGUUAAGGUUUAGUCUUGUUAUAAGUUUAUAAGUUUUUGUAAGUGCUACAACUGGAUUUUUAUGGACUGUGCCAAUCUUGAAUGUAUUUGGAUUUGUGACCACUACGCUCGUUUGCCUUCAGCACAAGUAAAGCUCUGCUGGAUAAUAAUAAUUUUUUAUUUAUACCCCGCCCUCCCCAGCCAAGGCCGGGCUCAGGGCGGCUAACAAGCAAUAAUAAAAACAAGUUGAAUGAAUACAACUUAAAAACACAAAAUUAAAAUACAACAUUAAAAUAUUGAAACAUUAAAAUGUAGCCUCAUCGCAGGAGGAGAAAGGAAAAGAAAAAAGAAAGAGGGGGAGGGAAUCAAAUUGGCUCCAAGCCAAAGGCCAGGCGGAACAACUCUGUCUUAUAGGCCCUGCGGAAAGAAAUCAGAUCCUGCAGGGCCCUGGUCUCAUGAGGCAGAGCGUUCCACCAGGCCGGGGCCAGUGUUGAAAAGGCCCUGGCUCUGGUUGAAGCUAAUCUAACUUCCUUAGGGCCUGGGACCACUAGGGUGUUGCUACUCUUGCCUCUGGUCUAAUUUUGGGAACUCUUCUAUGUGUUUAAGUUUUUCCUCCACACGUAUGACAUUACGCUGUUCUUUCCUUUUGGGUGCAGGUGAUCUAUGCCUUGAAUACUAGAAAUGAUGAGCAUGAGGCCAGCAUCCAAGCUCUCAAAGAGGCCCACCAAGAAGAGGUUCAGCACAUCCUCGAUGAGACAAGGGAAACUCUCCUCCAGUACAAAAGCAAAGUGGAGGAAGCAGAGGCGCUCCAGAAGCACAUCCAGACCCUGGAAGAAACAUUGGAAAAACAUAGGAGGCUGAAAGAGGUGGUACCUUCAGAAUUCACCAUGUGCAAAAGGCAGAUGGGAGAGAGGGAACCACAAAGAGAGGACAAUCUAGUAGAUGAGAAGGUUGUCCUCCCGAAGCAGAUGGCACACACGAAGCUCAGCUUCGAGAAUGGAAUCCAGUCUUCAAGUGAGGAGUCCAAUGAGCUUGCCAACAAACACUGGGCAUUUGCAGGAGAAAUGCUGGAUUGCAAGGAGGAGUUAAGCGAAAAGGCCAGCGUGGAAACACAGGCAGCCCACCUCAAGUGGGAGAAGCAGAAACUCGCCAGUGAAUUUGCCGAGAAAGUCAGGCAGCUCCAAGCCUCCCACGAGAGGGAGAAAGAAACUUGGAGGAAGACCAUGCACCAAUCCCUGGCUGAUUCGUACAAAGAAUGGCAGCAAAGGGAACUGGAGCAGAGGGAAAAUUACCAGGCCCGAGAAGCUGCCUCCCAGCAGCAGGUGAAGAAACUGGAGGCUGACCUGGUGGCAAAAGGCCAGCGAAUCUGUGAAAUGAAUAAGUGUUGCCAGAAGCAGAAGGAGAAGAUGCAGGUAGGACCAUAACGCUAGAGCAAGUGACAAAAGCUUUUUAUUGCUUUGCACCUUGAGUCGUCAAGUCAUCAGCAUGCUUCUAAAUCUAUGAAAUGAGUUCCUGGCAGCCAAUAAUAUAAUAAUAAUAAUAAAUUUUAUUUACCGUAUUUUUCGUCCCAUAGGAUGCACCGGCCCAUAGGACACACCUAGAUUUGGGGGAAUAGGGGAAAAUUUAUCUCCCCUGGCACGGGGCUGGGCGGGAAGCCCGAGCUCCCCGACCCCAGCCCCAGAACAGGCAGCUCUCCGCAAGCAGUGGGAGGCUGCGCAACAUCGCACAGCUCUCCCACUGCUUGCGGAGACCUGCGCGCAGCCCAGAAGCCUGGGGCGCUGAGCUCAGCGCGCCCCAGGCUUCUGCAUCCAGGCAGCUCUCCGCAGCGGUGGGAAGCUUCCUGAGCCUGGAGGCGAGAGGGUCGGUGCUCACCGACCCUCUCGCUCCAGGCUCAGCAGCCUGCAUUCACCCCGUAGGACGCACACACAUUUCCCCUUCAUUUCUGGAGGUGAAAAAGUGUGUCCUACAGGGUGAAAAAUACGGUAUAUCCUGCCUUCCGCAGCCGAAGCCGGGCUCAGGGCAGCUAACAACAAUAAAAUAGUACAACAUACUAAACAUACUUGGCCAAGGAUGGCCAAGAGUGAAAAUUCAUGAGGGGGCUGUGUGCAGCUCUCACCAGAGGCAUUCAAAGCCAAUGGCUGCCAUUUAGGAAAAAUAUAUAUAAAAUACUACAUUUGAGGACACCAAUACAGUGGUACCUCGGGUUAAGAACUUAAUUCGUUCUGGAGGUCUGUUCUUAACCUGAAACUGUUCUUAACCUGAAGCACCACUUUAGCUAAUGGGGCCUCCUGCUGCCGCCGCGCCACUGGAGCACGAUUUCUGUUCUUAUCCUAAAGCAAAGUUCUUAACCCGAGGUAAUAUUUCUGGGUUAGUGGAAUCUGUAACCUGAAGCGUAUGUAACCCGAGGUACCACUGUAUAGCAAAGGCAAAGCUUGCGCACCAUCCAUAACACUGGUUGGCUUAACCUGAGCUUUGAUUUCCCUUUCUGAAGGGGGCAGUUUUUUUAAAGUUAUCUCCCCCACCAAAAGAAAACUGAUGGAGCUGAGCUAAGGAGGGCAAUGCAGAGCUAAGUCCAGUGGCAGCACCUGAGACCUUUGGGUUUCGUCAUACCAUCAGGACCCAUCAGAACUGGCACCCAUCCAGGGCCCUUUGCAGUGGGUGACUGAGAGCCGCCAUUUUAAUGCCUCACAAGUGCCCCACUGGGCAUCCCAAGGCAUUGUGGGAAAUUAAAUACAGCAGCUUGUAGCAACAUUUUGCUGCUGUCAGGUAAGCACGCAGUUGGGGAGCAGCAGAAUGGGCCCCCCCUGGAACCCAUUGCUGUCCAUGGCUGCCUCCAUCCUAAACGCAUCUUCUGGAUUGUGAGGGGCAUUUUCUCUCCUGUGGUCAGUGUGAGGUAACAGGAGGUGGGACCUCAGUUUCUCCAGCAGAGGCAAUGGGCAGGAAGGGGGCAGGAGAUGGAUGGAAGGAGAAGCUGUAAGCCCCUACUCUUUGCUGUCCCAUUCAUCUUCAGCUUUAGCUGUUGUAGCAUGAGGAGUUGGGAGCAGAAUCAGGACAGCUUCUCUGCUAGAUUGGAAAGUGCAGCCAAGCUACGUUUUAAUGUGUGUAGCUUGUAAUUGCCUCUCCCUUUUUUACUCUUAGCAAUUACCGGCAUGCCAAAUUGGACAACCUUUACAGGAAACGCGGCACAAGGGGAAGGCAGGUUUAUCUCAUCCCUCUCCGGAGUUAUUGGAAUCAGUAAUCCCCUAUGCAGCUAGAAUGACAUGGGGGGGAAAUUCCUAUUGGUGUCCAUGGGAAGGUUUUUUUCCUAAGGAUUGUAGCCAAAUUAGGAUGGGGACUGGAAUUUCCUUCUGAUCGUGCUGUGGAGGGAAGAGGUAAGCUUACAUGUUGCAUUUCUGUCACACCUAUAAUUGAUAAAAGUUCAUUUGUUUUUAAAGAAGAGUUACCGUAUUUUUCGCUCUACAAGACGCACCUAGUUUUUGGAGGAGGAAAACAAGAAAAAAAAUAUUCUGAAUCCCAGAAGCCAGAACAGCAAGAGGGAUCACUUCUGGGAUAGCCGUGUGAAGUCUGCAUUCACUCCAUAAGACACACACACAUUUCCCCUUACUUUUUAAGAGGGAAAAGGUGCAUCUUACAGAGCGAAAAAUACGGUGACUACAAGCUGCACAUUAAGAGUAAUGUGUAGUUUGGCACUGCCUGGGCGCAUGAACUUGUAGUAAGUGGGGUUUGAAAAAUGGAUGGAAAUCUACAUUCUUUUCCACCUGCAAAGCUUUAUGGGCUCGAUUUAAAUGAUGUGGUGCUGGGGGCUACCUGUUUUUGUUGCAUCAGGCCCUCAUUCGCUAUGCAUGGGGUUAGCACACCACAAGCAGCACUCAGCUGGACUCCAGAUCUCUCGAGUGAUGAUACGGCAAAACCACAGGGUUACAUUCUUCUUGCCCACUUGCAUCAUAUUUUAAUGCAGCCUUCCAGCUGCCAUCAGCCUCAAGGCAUGACACAUGCUGGCUGGGGCUGAUGGAAUGGGAACAGUUUAAUGGAUUUGUGUCAUCUGCUUUAAAAGCCAUCUAAGUAGCACUCAUCCUUUUCCUUUCUUCCUCGCAGGCGCGCAACCCAGUUCCCAUUACGAUUGACAUUUUUCUCGUUUAUUACUAAUUAAUCAACCAUAUCUUCAUCAACAAAUGGAUUUCAAGGCAGUAUUCUUGGGAAUUGAAAACCUACAAUACAAAAACAUAAAUUGCGCACAUGUUAAUUGUGUCUAUACAUGAGCACGUUGCUUUAGGCAUUUGCGAUUUAGCCAAGUGAAGGCUUUAUACGAUCAGGGGCAGGGGGAACACAGCACACACUGCCCCCCCUUGAAAAGUGUGCCUUAUGUACUUGUUACUGAUUGAAUAAAUCUUGCAGAGAAUUGACUGUGCUAGAAAGAUCUGUCCCAGCAGCUAGCUUUGCAAUAGUGGAAAACAACACUACACAACUGAAAUAACUUAAAACUUCUGAUUUUAUUCCAACUCACAAGCUAACACGGGGUGUCAAAAGAAAGCAGCCAUUCUCCAGAAAAAAUUGUGGGCAAUGCGAACAAAAGGAACAUACUUUACACAUUUAUCAUGCAAGCUUCUUUUGAUUUCUUAUGAAAGCUUAUUUUGCUUAGGGCAGAAUUCUCGGUUGGCAGAAACUUCUUUCAGUACCAUGAGAUUUUGUUCCCCCAGAAAUUUACGUAGGAUGAAAGGAUGAAAUGAAAGGGGUGUUUCUUGGGAAACAUCAGUCUGAUCAUUAAUUAAUUCUUAAGGCAAAGUUAUAUAGAGAGGACUGACACAUUACCACGAUUUUCCGGAUGUGUUUUCCUUCGUGUGAAUAUGAAGUUGUUAUAGAAAAGCAAUUGAAAGGCACAUUCUUGUUGCAAAUGAGUAAUUAUUAUUAAUUGCUAAGCUGAUCUAUUGAGUGGCUAAGAGUGUCAGCUAGAAAACCCCUGAUUCAAAACUCACAUCUGCUUAAAAUUCAUUCAGUGGCUUUGGCAAGCCAUAUUACCCUAGCACCUUUCCCUGCAAAAUAGGCAUAAUGAUACCAGCCUACCUUGUAAAGAUGGUAAGGCUUGCUGAGAAAAUUUCAGGAAACCACAUUGGAGCACUCUAAAGUGCUCUACAGAUGCUAAGUGUUCUACUUAUCGUACUUCUUAUCAUGAUGCUAAAACACAGAGACAGAUGAUGUUGGUUUUUGAUAGCUCCCAAGUGACCAGCUGUGAAGUGGGGACCACCAGAAAGCAUUGGGAUGGAAUCUGUCUGUGCUGGAUUUUGCCCUAAACCAAAUACCAACUGCAGUAGAGGGUUUUUGCUUGGUAAAAGGUAAAGGAUGCGGGUGGCGCUGUGGUCUAUACCACUGAUCCUCUUGGGCUUGCCGAUCAGAAGGUCAGCGGUUCGAAUCCCCGCGACGGAGUGAGCUCCCAUUGCUCUGUCCCAGCUCCUGCCAACCUAGCAGUUCGAAAUCACACCAGUGCAAGUAGAUAAAUAGGUACCACUAUGGCAGGAAGGUAAACGGCAUUUCCGUGUGCUCUGGUUUCUGUCACGGUGUUCCGUUGUGCCAGAAGCAGUUUAGUGAUGUUGGCCACAUAAUCUGGAAAGCUGUCUGUGGCCUGAAAGUGCGAUGAGCACCGCAAGCCCAUAGUCGCCUUUGACUGGACUUAACCAUCCAGGGGUCCUUUACCUUUACCUUUUACCUGGACUGCAGCUAUGGAGGAAAGUGUUAAGUUCCCACAUUACUCUUCCUGUAAUCCCAAUAAUUAUAAGCCACUUAAAAAAGAAGAAGAGCACCUGAAUGUUAAACAUAUUAGCCUUCACAUCUGCCUGUCUAUCUGCAAUACUUCCUUGUAAUGUGUGUGAGAGAGGUUGAAUGCAUCACACCUGUAAAGGCAAAAUCCUACAGUACUUGUGCAGAUCAAGCAAGCGCCCACAGGGAAACGCACCAUUUAGCUGGUGAAAAUUUAGCUGGUUUUGCACACACACACCCCUGUAGACCGUUACUCUUCAGCAGGUGGAGAGUAGUGGGACUGAAGCAUUGAAAGGGUGGAGCUUGUGAGCAAAUCCCUGCUCUCAUCACAUAAGCCCUUUUACAAUUGAUUAGGGUAAUAAAGGUAAAGGGACCCCUGACCAUUAGGUCCAGUUGUGGACAACUCUGGGGUUGCGGUGCUCAUCUCGCUUUACUGGCUGAGGGAGCCUGCGUUCCGGGUCAUGUGGCCAGCAUAACUAAGCCGCUUCUGGCGAACCAGAGCAGCGCACGGAAACGCCAUUUACCUUCCCGCUGAAGCGGUACCUAUUUAUCUAGUUGCACUUCAUGCUUUUGAACUGCUAGAUUGGCAGGAGCAGGGACCGAGCAAUGGGAGCUCACCCCGUCGCGGGGAUUCGAACCACCGACCUUCUGAUCGGCAAGCCCUAGGCUCUGUGGUUUAACCCGCAUCCCUGAUUAGGGUAAUAGUUCCUACCAAAUCCACCGCCAUAUUCCAAGACGAGAAAACUUGUGGGCUGCUGCCCUGAACAGAAACUGCAAAUCAUUCUUAUCUCCACAUGGUCAGACAGUACUUAUCAAGAGGGAAAGAAAUUCAUUGACAACUGGGGUGCUCCCAGAUAAUGGAAAUUAUUUUUUUAAAGGCAAAAACAGCAGUCUUAAGUUUGUAAUUGUGUGGUGCAUUUACAGGACCUGGAAAUUCGGCUCAAGGAGGCUCAUCAGACGACUAAGGAGGCAAAAAGUCUCACAAAAGCACUGGAGGAGGAGCUGAUUAUUGCCAAAGAGAGGCUUCUGUUGCAAGAAAAUGAAAUACUGCAUAAAACAGGUAGGACUUGCUUCCGUUCAGGGAGAUACAGAAGCGGAACAUUUAUGAACGUGAUCUGGGAAAUUCCCAGUUCAAAUAUGACCCCAGCUAUGAAUUUUAUAUUUAGGUUUGUUAUGUAUGCUACUGCCCUCCCUGCUUCUGCCCCAACUGCAACAUGAGAAUAAUAAUACUGGCCUCGCCUUACAGGUCUCACAGCAACAGCCCUUAAUGAACUAUUUGAAUGCAACACUCUUUUAAAUGCAUUCAUCCAUCGUGCCCAUGAAAAUAUAAGCACAUCACACGGCAUUUUUCACAUUCACAGAAGCAAUGGAAACGGUGCAGAACUCCCAAAGCAAGACCAGGAGCGAAGCGGAGGAACUAAAGAAUCAGAUCUUACCCCUUCAGCAAGCAGCGUCCACCAAACAGAGCCAAGGCAAGCAGGACGGUGGAGACGUUCAGGUGCAUAACCUUCACAUUUCUCUUUUUGCAGAUGGAGUUCUAUAUGAUGAUGCAGCUUGAUAGACUAAGUUAACCGGGAGCCAUUCCUUCCAUUUCCAUGUAAAUUGCUCAUGGUUCAUUGCAGCUAGUCUGCAAAAGGACCUGACAACCCUUUUUCACUUCAUGACAAGAACGGGCCUUUUCUGCAGUGGCUCCCUGUAUGUGGAAUAAUAAUAAUAAUAAUUUAUUAUUUAUACCCCGCCCAUCUGGUUGGGUUUCCCCAGCCACUCUGGGCAGCUUCCAACAAAAUAUUAAAAUACCGUGGUCUGUUAAACACUAAAAGCUUCCCUAAACAGGGCUGCCUUCAGAAUGCUAUCCCUAGGGAGGUUUUCUGCCUAAAGAGGCUCGCCUGCUCAUUCCGUAUCUUCAGGCACCAGGCAAAAGUGUUUCUCUACAUCUAGGCCGAUGACUGAUUAAGCAACCCAUGGCCUUUCAAAUGUGUUUGUAGGAUGGGGGUUAUUGGUUCGUUUUUGCUUAUUUGUUACCUGUUUUGUGUUCUCACUUUGUAUUUUAAUGUUGUGAGCCACCCUGUGGCCUUUGGAUGAAGAGCGGUAUACAAAUUUAAUAAAUAAAGUAAAGUAAAUACAUUUCGUGGGACGCGGCUGGCGCUGUGGGUUAAACCACAGAGCCUAGGACUUGCCGAUCAGAAGGUCAGCGGUUCGAAUCCCCGCAACGGGGUGAGCUCCCGUUGCUCGGUCCCAGCUCCUGCCAACCUAGCAGUUCGAAAGCACGUCAAGGUGCAAGUAGAUAAAUAGGUGGGAAGGUAAACGGCGUUUCCGUGCGCUGGUCUGGUUUGCCAGAAGUGGCUUAGUCAUGCUGGCCACAUGACCCGGAAGCUGUACGCCGGCUCCCUCAGUGAAUUAAGCGAGAUGAGCGCCGUAACCCCAGAGUCAGCCACGACUGGACCUAAGGGUCAGGGGUCCCUUUGGUGUAGUGGUUAAGAGCGGUGGACUCAUAAUCUGGUGAACCGGGUUUGCUUCCCCACUCCUCCACAUGCAGCUGCUGGGUGACCUUGGGCUAGUCACACUUCUCUGAAGUCUCUCAGCCUCACUCACCUCACAGAGAGUUUGUUGUGGGGGAGGAAGGGAAAGGAGAAUGUUAGCUGCUUUGAGACUCCUUCGGAUAGUGAUAAAGCGGGAUAUCAAAUCCAAACUCUUCUUCUUCUUCUUUACCUUUUAAAUACAUUUCCCUACCGCUUUCCUCAUUGUAAAAAGUGGUGGGAAAGGGUUUGUGGCACAAGAUCUCCAAACCAACUCGUAAUUGCAAGACAUGAAUUUGCUGGCAUGUGACUGAAUCCCAUCCAAAAUUAGCAACCACCUGGAAGGGCCCGAGUUCUUUCUGUGCUUCUGGAAUGUUCUGAUGCCCUUGGGCUCCAUUUUGUUAUUGAUGUUGGCUUCUCCUGGUCUAGUGGCUCCCUCUUCUGGCAAGCCACUGUGGUUUAAAUAUGAUGGUUUAAGGAGUAAAGUAUUGAUGCUCUAGCUGGAAUUAUCUGAGGUCCAGAUCCGUAUACCUGAAGGAGCAUCUCCACCCCCAUCGUUCAGCCUGGACACUGAAGUCCAGCUCCGAGGGCCUUCUGGCGGUUCCCUCCCUGAGAGAAGUGAAGUUACAGGGCUUUCUCGGUAGUGGCACCCAUCCUGUGGAACGCCCUCCCAUCAGAUGUCAAGGAAAUAAACAACUAUCUGACUUUUAGAAGACAUCUGAAGACAACCCUGUUUAGGGAAUUUUUUAAUGUUUGAUGUUUUAUCGUGGUUCUAAUAUUCUGUCGGGAACUGCCCAGAGUGGCUGGGGAAACCCAGCCAGAUGGGCGGGGUAUAAAUAAUAAACUAUUAUUAUUAUAAAUUAUUAUCUCCAUCUCGAGAGUCCCAGUGCCUUCCACCUACAUGUGGGGUGCUAGCACAUCAGGGACAAGGGUUCUGGUCUUGUUUGUGACAGUCCAGCUUUCUGCAGACGUUUCUCCCCGUUGAUGUUUAUGGGUGUGCAGACUUCCGGCUUGUUGGAUCUGCUUUUCUGUUUUGGGGGUGAAAGUUAGAGUUAAAGAGCUGGGAAUUGGUUGCCAGUACCAGAACUAAGCUGAGCUCGCAGUCCUUUCAAACAUAGGGCCAUCCUUGGUUGGCUCCCUUCAUUCCAGCAGCCUCACUUAGGUGGUGGAAAUAAUUUUCUUGCUGCUAUUGUUAAACGAUUGGGAAUCAGGAACACGUGGCAAUCUCCUGCAAAUCACCCUGAGAUCUACCUGUAUACAGUGGUACCUCGGGUUACAGACGCUUCAGGUUACAGACUCCGCUAACCCAGAAAUAGUACCUCGGGUUAAGAACUUUGCUUCAGGAUGAGAACAGAAAUCGUGCGGCGGCGGGAGGCCCCAUUAGCUAAAGUGGUGUCUCAGGUUAAGAACGGACCUCCAGAAUGAAUUAAGUUCUUAACCCAAGGUACCACUGUACAGUUCCGGAGGUCCGUUCUGGAGGUCCGUUCUUAACCUGAAACUGUUCUUAACCUGAAGCACCACUUUAGCUAAUGGGGCCUCCCGCCGCCGCACGAUUUCUGUUCUCAUCCUGAAGCAAAGUUCUUAACCCGAGGUACUAUUUCUGGGUUAGCGGAGACUGUAACCUGAAGCGUAUAUAACCCGAGGUACCACUGUAUUCCAGUCUCACCCCAAUGUAUGCUUUAAAAGAGAAUGAAAGACCUCUUGAUUUAGUUGUAGUGUCUCUUAUUUAAUUGCCUGUCUUCAAUAGCCUCCCCUAUGUUGAUAAAUGUUUACCUGCAUAGCUUGCAUUUAUAUGUGUGCAUUUGCUUUAUUACUUGAGUUAACCCUUUUCUCUGUGGUCACUUUAAUUGAUGUGGCUGCGCCUUGUCACUCCAGGUAACGGCAGGUUUGGAAAAAGACGCCGUUAAGCCACAGCAGAGGGAAGAGUUCCGCAAAACCAAACACGAGCCGGGCGAGGAGAAGAUUCGUUUGAAAGCGCAGCUGGUGAAAGGUCUGGAAGACCUUGUGAAGAAGCACAGCCUUGAAAUCAAAUCAGCCCAAGCCUCCAUGGACGCCGAGAGAAAAAAACUGCACAAGGUGGGAUUGUUCUAUUAAUAGUGGGCUGUGAUUCAUCUGUUCCUUUAAAUCUCUUUAGUCAUGGUGACAUCAUUUAAAUUGUUCUUCCUAGACAGGGAGCUUUAAAUCACAACGAGGAUUUUAUUGCUGUGUUUUUCUUUUUUUUAAAAAGGAGCUGAGCUGAUGUUUUCCGAUGAAAUGAAAGCUUUUGCAAGAGAGGAAGGAAGGAAGGUUAGCUUACCCUUGACAGGAUUCUUGUCUUCCCGGCAUUGCCGUUGCUCGCCUGUGCUUCUCGUCAUGACAGUGCAGUGAUUAAUGUAAUCGCUGCCGCAACAAACAAUGCAGAUUGCAAAUGUGUGCUCCAAACUACAGGUUUUAGGGUCCUUGCUUUUUCAAGCCUGGUAUGAUCCUCCUGGCUUGUUUUUCAAAACAAGAAUCCUAUCUUGAAGCGAGGAAGUGGCAGCACUGACUUGCCCUUGGAUGGGGCAAAGGGUUCUUUAGCUCCUUCCUCUUUAGCAUAAGCAGCAAAAGAGGCUUGCCCCAAGGCCGGCCCAUGCAUGGGGCAAGGUGAGGCGACUGCCUCAGGCAGCAGGAUCCCCAAGAGCAGAAAAUCCCAAUGUAGAUAUUUAUUCCCCUCUUGUUCCUGAUGUAGAUCUUCACUCACUUCUCACUCACUUCUUCACUCACUUCUGGAGAGGAGGGGACACCAUUUUGUGGUUUGCCUCAGGUGGCAAAAUGUCUUGGGCCAGCCCUGGCUUGCCCUAAUUCACAGGCCCCCUUCCUGCCUCAAGUGUCCUAAGUGGUUCCAGAUAGAUAAUAAAUGGCGGGGGGCGGGGAGUGAGGACCUGAAUUGAAAGAAGAUCUGGGUUAUGCUGUUUAUUUGGGGAAAUAAGUGAAUUUAAGACACGUGGAGGUUAUUGGGGGGUAAUUAAUAUGGGAAAUCGACGGGGAGUGUAAUUGAUUGAGGGAAAGAUCUGCUGGGAAACUAAUUGGGGAUGAUCUGAAGUGGGAUGCAAAGUAAUUGAAAAAUUGGUCUGGAGAGAUUUGAAUGGGAAAUGAGUUGGCUGGUGACAUUUAAGCUUUAAAUUUGCAUCUAUAUAUGUCUAUAUUUUUCCUGCCAACCUAGCAGUUUGAAAGCACGUCAAAGUGCAAGUAGAUAAAUAGGUAACGCUCCGGCGGGAAGGUAAACGGCGUUUCCGUGCGCUGCUCUGGUUCUCCAGAAGCGGCUUAGUCAUGCUGGCCACAUGACCUGGAAGCUAUACACCGGCUCCCUCGGCCAAUAAAGCGAGAUGAGCACUGCAACCCCAGAGUCGGCCACGACUGGACCUAAUGGUCAGCAGUCCCUUUACCUUGCCUAUGUCUAUAUUUUAGCAUACACAAAUGUUAUGCAAAUUUCUGUCUGUGGGGCCCAUGCCCUAAAUCUUUAAAUCUGUUAUUGUCAUCUGCCGUGGAGACCAAGCCAAAAGAAGGAGUAGAAACUAAUGAAGAAUUGAAUAUAUUCCCCACCAAAAGUGUCCCCUAGUUCUUGGAAAAGAGAUAAGUAACUAUUCAACCUUUAGAAGACAUCUGAAGGCAGCAAUUGUAUAGGGAAGUUUUAAAAUGUUUAAUGUUUUAUUACGUUUUUAUAUAUGUUGGAAGCCGCCCGAGUGCCUGGGGUUAACAAAUCAUCAUCGUUAUUGAAAAUGAAAUUAAUCAGAGUGUUGGAUGGGCUGUUUUAGUGGUCCCCACAGAGAUUUGCCUUGUCAGCUCCCUCUUCUUGGUUCACCAACAGGCAAACCCACUUUAUAUCCAGAAGCUUUUCCCACCUAGUAAUACUGAUGCUGGUGGUGGUUUCGUUGGAGGGGAUUUAGAAAUCUUUGUCUUACCUGAUGUACAGCUUUCUGUAUUGGAAUGGCAUUUUUCUUUUCUUUUGUGAGUUCAAUACAUGUACAAUACAUAAGUAAUAGUGGAAAGUUGUACUGUAGCCCUGGUCUCUCUCUACAUAUGCCACUGCAAGAUUGUUGUCCAACUGUGCAGAAAUCUCUGGCCAACCAGCUGCAAACUGUGAUCAAAGUGAGCUGAUGCCUAUAUCCAUAAUUCACUCCCAGCCAGGUUGACUUUCUUUCCACUUAUUCCAAACUGGUUGCCCUGGCAACUCCAACGUUCAUGCAGAAAUGCUGUAGGUAGGAGUUUGCAGUGUGCCAUUGGCUUGCUCCAGCACCCGGUGGCUACAGAAAUUAAUCACACAGAGGGAAGUGUCAGUCUGGGCAGUAUUCUGCUUUCUCGUGCACUGGAACAGGGAGCAGCCAUUAAUCAAAGUCUGCCCUACCACAAGUCCAGCUGUGGAUUUGUCUCAAGAGUCCAUAAUGGUCUUACAUGCCAUAGGGUUUUUUUGUUGUUGUUUUUUUUUACAAACUUGUACUGAUAUUUGGCUUUUGGGGUUUUUUCCCUUGGCUGGGUCUUUCUGGCUUCCGUUGGGUAUUUGUGGUUUGCUGACUAGAAUCAUAGAAUUGUAGAGUUGGAAUGGACCCUGAGCAUCAUCUAGUCCAGGCACAGGCAAACUCGGCCCUCCAGAUGUUUUGGGACUACAACUCCCAUCAUCCCUAGCCAACAGGACCAGUGGUCAGGGAUGAUGGGAAUUGUAGUCCCAAAACAUCUGGAGGGCCGAGUUUGCCUAUGCCUGAUCUAGUCCAACUCCCUGCAGUGCAGGAAUAUGUCCCUUAUGGGGAUCAAACCUGCAGCCUUGGCAUUAUCCGCGCCACACUCCACAACUGAGCUAUCUUGUCAACUGAUGGGACUAUUAGGCAAAUGACCUUGGAAAUUCAGGUAGGCUGUGUCUCAGCAGCCUAAGAUUUUCAGGCGAUGGAGCAAAUGACCUCUGGGCUGGUUUGCUGUCUACUCCUGCCUGCUCCCUCUGCAUCUAUAGCUUGGGGGACAGCAACCUUUUUCAGCCGUGGGCCGGCCCACUGUCCCUCAGACCAUGUGGUGGGCCGAACUAUAUUUUUGAGGGGGGGAAAGAACAAAUUCCUAUGCCCCACAAAUAACCCAGAGAUGCAUUUUAAAUAAAAGGACACAUUCUCCUCAUGUAAAAACACGCCAAUUCCCGGACCAUCCACGGGCCGGAUUGAGAAGGCGAUUGGGCUGCAUCCGGCCCCCGGGUCUUAGUUUGCCUACCCCGGUAUAGUCAUAUCACAUGUUACGUUUGCUUCAUGUUACGUUCUUUCAGGUUAUGUCCCACGGCGACCCGGAAGUAGUGGAAAGGGUUACUUCCUGGUUUCGCCACUCGAGCAUGCGCAUAAGCGCUAAAUCAUGCUUCGUGCUUGCGCACAAAGCGCCAAAUUGCGCAGAUACGGCACUUCAGGUUGCAUUCUUUCAAUGUUGCGAACAGACCUCCGGAAUGGAUCCCGUUCGCAACCAGAGGUACCACUGUGCAGCUAAAUCUUCACCUUUCCUGUUUAAAUGUAUCAAAUCCACUACCAGUCUGAUGUUAUCUGUUUGGCCAUUUUUAAUAAUAGUUGAUCUUGCUCUUUGCAGUCUAUUUGCCAAUAUUGUUAAGAUUUUUGUAUCAAUGUUUAUCAAAGAAAUUGGGCACAUUGUGUUAAGUCCUUGCCAGGCUUUGGAAUAACAGUAAUAUAAGCCUGGUUAAAUAGUGUUGAGCUGAUUCCUUCUCUAAAGAUCUCAUCAUAUAACUGAUAUAUUGAUCUCCUGUCACUUAGAUAAUAUGUUUUAUACCAUUCCACUGGAAAGCAGUCUAGCCCAGGUGUUUUACCAUUUGCCUUAUUUGAGAUUGUUUCCCUAAUCUCGGCUUCAGAUAUUGGAGACAUUGAUAGUUGUUGUUUUUUGUUUACUAGCCCUGGUAGUUUUAUGUAUAAGAAUCUUUGUGUUUUAUCCAGGAACGUCAAGAGCAAAUUAUUUCUAGCUGAAUAGGAACCUUUGUUUUUUUAGGGGAAGAAACCCAUUUCUUACUUUGAAAUGUUGCUUACUGCAGCUAUCCUCAGAUUAAAUCUAAAUUUCCUCAUCACUUAUUCCCUUUGCGGGUGUUAUGGCUCUCCUUUUUAUUGCUUCUACUCAGUACGUCUUAGAGCCUUGCUUGAUUGCUCUGAAUCAUCUUAAGCUCCUCUGCUUUGAAAUUUAUCGGUCUCCACUAGGGACGAAGCCCUUGUCAUCGGCACUCCCCGCUUCCCUCCCCAAUUCAUAGUCUUUCAAGAUCGGGCUGAAAUAUUGUAUUCCGUCAGCAAGUUGGUUCAAGUAGGAAGAGUAAGUUCACCAGUAUGCUAAAUAGGGAUAUCCUAAGGCAAUUCUUACAAGAUGAACAUUCAGCUCUUUCCACUGUAAAUGAGCUCUCAGGUUUUGCAGCUUCCCAGUGGACUCUGUGAGCUAGGCAUUCAGCUCAGGGCUCAGAAGUUUAAAUAACUGAUUUCUGUAGUAGCAUGAAACUUGUUUGGGAUGUGGGUGGCACUGUGGGUUAAACCACAGAGCCUAGGACUUGCUGAUCAGAAGGUCGGUGGUUCGAAUCCCCACGACGGGGUGAACUCCCGUUGCUCAGUCCCUGCUCCUGCCAACCUAGCAGUUCGAAAGCACGUCAAAGUGCAAGUAGAUAAAUAGGUGCUGCUCUGGCGAGAAGGCAAACAGUGUUUCCGUGCGCUGCUCUGCUUCGCCAGAAGCAGCUUAGUCAUGCUGGCCACAUGACCCGGAAGCUGUACGCCUGCUCCCUCGGCCAAUAAAGCGAGAUGAGCGCUGCAACUCCAGAGUCAGUCACGACUGGACCUAAUGGUCAGGGGUCCCUUUACCUUUACCUUUAUGAUACUUGUUGGCUUUGGGUAUUAUACACAUCUUAGCAGUAUGCCCAGAAAAUCGGAGUGGUAGGACAAGCAUCAAUCAUCACAUGGGAAGGAAGGGGGCAGGUGUGCUUGCCUCUCUAGCACUUUCACACAUCUCAUGCUCAGCUCUGCUCAGCUCAGUUCAGUGGAACCUUAUGCAGGAGAACUUCCCAUCAGCUCUUGAAUGACUGGAUGAUGAUGAUGAUUAAUAAUAAUAAUAAUAAUAGUUCCCCCAGCUACUCUGGGCGGCUCUCAACAGAAUAUUAAAAACACAAUAAACCAUCAAACAUUAAAAACUUCCCUAAACAGGGCUGCCUUCAGAUGUCUUCUAAAAGUCGGAUAGUUGUUUAUUUCCUUGACGCCUGGUGAGAGGGCAUUCCACAGGGCAGGCACCACCACCGAGAAGGCCCUGUAACUUUACUUCUCUCGCGGAGGUAACCGCCAGAAGGCCCUCGGAGCUGGACCUCAGUGUCCAGGCUGAACGAUGGGGCUGGAGGCGCUCCUUCAGGUAUACUGGGCAAGUGAGAAGUGCAGUUUUUUGUGUCACACUGGGAAAGUGCGAAGAACUCUCACAGACAGAAGAAUAAAGGAAUUGACUUCCAAACCAUAAGGUGGCCUGGCUUUUAGCCAGACUUGAACCUUGAGUUUUCUUUUUCUACAGAUCAAAUGCUAUGGCAUGGGCACUUCUACAGAAUAUACUAGUCUACCCUGUUAAAAGUACAGACUUCUAUUUGAAGUUGCAACUCAGCAAGCCUAAUUACACCACUAUGAAUGGUUUUACUCGGGGUGGGGGGAGCUCAAUGAUUCAGAGAAAAUGGUUCUGGUGCAUUUCUCAUUUCUCAUUUUCUUCUUUUUUUGAUGGCUUGUCUAGAGAAAUCUAAAUCUUAUGCAUAUUUACUCAGAUGUAAGUCCCAGCAAGUUCAGUGGGGUUUGCUCCCUAAUAAGAGGGAUUGCAGUCUUAUUAAAUGCAACACUAUGAAAUGCUGUGGCACUGUUGGUUAAACCACAGAGCCUAGGAUUUGCCGAUCAGAAGGUUGGCGGUUCGAAUCCCCGCCAAGAGGUGAGCUCCCGUUGCUCGGUCCCUGCUCCUGCCAACCUAGCAGUUCGAAAGCACGUCAAAGUGCAAGUAGAUAAAUAGGUACCGCUCCGGCAGGAAGGUAAACGGCGUUUCUGUGCACUGCUCUGGUUUGCCAGAAGCGGCUUAGUCAUGCUGGCCACAUGACCCGGAAACUGUACGCCAGCUCCCUUGGCCAGUAAAGCGAGAUGAGUGCCACAACCCCAGAGUCGGUCAUGACUGGAUCUAAUGGUCGGGGUCCCUUUACCUUUUACUAGACAAAUCUAAAUCUUAUGCAUGUUUACUCAGAUGUAAGUCCCAGCAAUUUCAGUGGGGUUUGCUCCCUAAUAAGAGGGAUUGCAAUCUUAUCAAAUGCAACACUAUGAAAUGCUGUAGAAUGUGAAAGUGGGAGUGUACUAAUAUCAUUAGGUUGAGAAAUUUGUUCCCAAGAAUGCAGCUGCUCCUAAACUACCUGGUCUAGCCUUCUCCCAAACCUGUCAGUUUUUACUGCAGCAGCAGCUGAUUUUAUUUAAUUUAUUCAAGGUUAUUUCUUAGCAUAGGGACGCGGGUGGCGCUGUGGGUAAAACCUCAGUGCCUAGGGCUUGCCGAUCGCAUGGUCGGCGGUUCGAAUCCCCGCGGCGGGGUGAGCUCCCGUCUUUCGGUCCCAGCUCCUGCCCACCUAGCAGUUCGAAAGCACCCCUAAGUGCAAGUAGAUAAAUAGGUACCGCUUUAUAGCGGGAAGGUAAGCGGCGUUUCCGUGUGCUGCGCUGGUGUCGGCUCGCCAGAGCAGCUUCGGCACGCUGGCCACGUGACCUGGAAGUGUCUCCGGACAGUGCUGGCCCCCGGCCUCUUAAGUGAGAUGGGCGCACAACCCUAGAGUUGGACACGACUGGCCCGUACGGGCAGGGGUACCUUUACCUUUAUUUCUUAGCAUUGGGAAGUCAUGGCAUAGCAUCAUUCCCAGCGGCAUUCUUGGAGUGGUAGGUGGCAGCCACACACAAAAAAUCUAAAAAUAUAGCCACCCCACCAAAGUCCCUUAAUGCACACACACUUUUGAGAAGACUGAGUGUUCUUGCGAAGAUGGGGAUAUUUCAGAUACUUUUAAUGUUCUCCCACAUGCCAGAUUUGAGAAAUGAGAAAAGUGUUAUUCGUUCCUUUGGGUUCGGUGUAUCUGUUUUGAGUGUGUGUUUUACAUGUUAAAUAUUUCUCCCUGUGCCUCUACGCAUUGUUUUGCUGUAUAGCGUUCAAAUAUGACAAUUGCUUUAUUUUUCAAUUUUAGGAGGUUCAGAUACAGAUAGAGGAAUUAAAAAAGAAAUAUGAGAAUGAUAUAAGACAGCUACAAAAGGAAAAAGAAGCAAUAAAUGGAAAGCUGGAAGACUGUUCUCUGGAGGUGUGUAAAGCAUAAAUCCACCUGUGAUCAUGCAAGCCAUUUUAGUUUUUCUUCCUACCUGAAAACCUCUUGAUGGGAUUCAUAAGCUUCAACUUAUUCUUCAAGAAGGACUUCACAAGACUAUAGCCUGAAACUAUAGCCUGAAAAAAAUGACUAUGCUGAUCAUCAUUUAAAUAGGGUCCUCAUUGAUAGAAUGAGUUGGUUCUGUAAUAGUACCAGCAACUCUGUGCAGUAUAUGAUCCAGAGAAUAAUGGUUGGCUCUCUCCAAGGCAUCAUCUGCCCAGUAUAUUUUAAAACUUUAUGGCUGGGAGGUUUUAUUUCUUGCUAUUAAAAUGAUCAGAGGUACAAAACUCUGACCGUUUAUCUCCCAUGAAGGUUGGAGAACAAUCCAGGCAAAUGAACUGCGUUUGUCACCAAUUCUCAGCCAAUCAUACGUGAAUUCCAUGCAAAAGUCAAAUUUUAUAUUGUUUUUUGCUUGUGGCAGCCAAGCCUUGACACAAACAGAGCGUGCAUCAGGGAGAAGAUGGGGAGGAGAGAUAAGGGGAGAGUCUCCCAUGGUUUAUUGACUGGGCAACAAGGGGACAGGAAGGUAUGCUUUUACCAGCCCAAAUUUUGGCUCCACACCUAAUGUGUAUGUUCAUUACUUCAGGCUGUAGUCCUAUUUAGCUGGCAGUAAGCCCCAUUAAAAGGGACGCGGAUGGCGCUGUGGGUUAAACCACAGAGCCUAGGACUUGCCGAUCAGAAGGUCGGCAGUUCGAAUCCCCACAACGGGGUGAGCUCCCGUUGCUCGGUCCCUGCUCCUGCCAACCUAGCAGUUCGAAAGCACAUCAAAGUGCAAGUAGAUAAAUAGGUACUGCUCUGGCGGGAAGGUAAAUGGCGUUUCCGUGCACUGCUCUGGUUCGCCAGAAGCGGCUUAGUUAUGCUGGCCACAUGACCCAGAAGCUGUAUGCCGGCUCCCUCAGCCAAUAAAGCGACAUGAGCGCUGCAACCCAAGAGUCGGCCACGACUGGACCUCAUGGUCAGGGGCCCCUUUACCUUUACUUUUUAAGCCCCAUUAAAAUCAGUAGGCAUUACUUCUGAGUAGAUAUGGUUAGGAUUCCACUAUAAAAAGCAUCCUCUGCAGGCUUGCCCUGCUCAUAAUGAGAGGUGAACUCGGCCUCAUCUGGAACAAUUAGGAUUAUAUCAGAUAAGCAGAUGUUGCAUCAGUGUAUGUUCCCCAUGUUAUGUCCUUUUUUUUAUCUUGCUAAUUUAGGUUUUAAGGCUAGAGAAUUUCAUCAGGCAAAACCGAGACAUCCCCAAAUAUGCAGAAUUUCUUAAAUCUCAUGCCAGAAAAACUCAUGAGCGGCAACAGGAGGUAAGGGGUGGACGUUGUUGGUCAUUAAAGGGCGAAGCCAGCUUUUUCUGACUUCAUAUUGUAACCUAAAUUGCUUUCAUACUAGAGCCUGUUAGCAUUUCCACAGUAUUGCUUUCUGUAAUUAAUAGGAAUCAAAAUCGAGGUUCCACACAGCACGAAUUUGGCAAUACACUAGCCUGCAGUGCUCUCACUACAGCAAAGAUUCUCGCAUAAUCGUCACUCACACAUUAAUUUUAUAAAGUCUAUGGCAACUUCAAUUACAAGUUUAUUGUUUGCAAGUACAACCUGUUUUUCCCCGCAUUCCUGUUGAUUCCAACAAGGGGAUUAUUGUCACCUGAGUACCCUCUUGGGGUAAUUAAAUGUCAGCUUCUGUUUCCUUUUGCAAGGGAGGGAGAAGCUGUGAUUAAUGACUUCUCUUGUUGUGUGUGUGAAAUAACACUGCUUUGCUAUUCAGAAAGCAAAGAUAGGUAGUUUCAGUCUGGUUGAAUCGUACUUAUCAGCACCAUUUCAUUGCCAGGUUGGAACUUGGGAAUCUUACUUUAUCAAUAACAAACUGCUAAAUAAGGUUCUGCACCUAUUGUCAGGAGUUCAGCCUACACUCGAGUAGGACCCUGGCAGAGACACAUAAUAAUAAUAAUAAUUGUAUUAUUUAUACCCCGCCCAUCUGGCUAGGUUUCCCCAGCCACUCUGGGCGGCUUCCAACAAAAUAUUAAAAAUACAAUAAAAAAUCAGCCAUUAAAAACUUCCAUAAACAGGGCUGCCUUCAGAUGUCUUCUAAAAGUCAGGAAGUUGUUCUUCUCUUUGACAUCUGGUGGGAGGGUGUUCCACAGGGCGGGUGCCACUACCGAGAAGGCCCUCUGCCUGGUUCCCUGUAACUUGGCUUCUCGUAGCGAGGGAACUGCCAGAAAGCCCUCGGAGCUGGACCUCAGUGUCCGGGCUGGACGAUGGAGGUGGAGACGCUCCUUCAGGUAUCUGGACCGAGGCCGUUUAGGGUUGUAAAGGUCAGCACCAACACUUUGAAUUGUGCUCGGAAACGUACUGGGAGCCAGUGUAGGUCUUUCAAGAACAGUGUUAUAUGGUCUCGGCGGCCACUCCCAGUCACCAGUCUAGCUGCCGCAUUCUGGAUUAGUUGUAGUUUCUGGGUCACCUUAAAAGGUAGCCCCACAUAGAGCGCGUUGCAGUAGUCCAAGCGAGAGAUAACUAGAGCAUGCACCAGUCUGGUGAGACAGUCUGCGGGCAGGGAGGGUCUCAGCCUGCGUACCAGAUGGAGCUGAUAAUGACUGGCAUGUUCUCUCCCUCCUGGUCGAUCGUUCGGGAGCUUCAAAAGCUUUCUUCAGCCCAAACAUCACAGCGACCGAUGCCAACCAACACCCGCGCUCUUAGAGAUCCGCAGAGUUUGCGCAACUUGCAUAACAGACCUCAGCAACUCAGCAUUUGUGCUAAUUUACUUUAUGUACAUAUAAACACACCCGGAGCACUGCAACAUGGCUCCCUCUCUCUCUAGCAUCAGACAGCCAAGAGGAAAAAGAACAAAGGACAAUAGUCCCACUUCAUGGAACACAGUAACACAAACAUCCUGUUUCCGUCACUUCCCACUCUGUGGAGUCAAAACAUACACCAUCAUGUGAAAGACUACAAUCCUAUGACUGCAAUCAUGGAGCAGGAAUUCUAACAUCUGUGGCUCCAGGUUUUAAAGUGAUAAAGUGAUUUAGUUCAAAGUGGUAGAGCUGAUCUUCAGGUUGUAUCCUGGCAACUUUAGGUUCUUCCACAUGGCAUUUAUUGUGGACUUCUCAUGCAUGAAAGUUUUGUGCAGCAUCUAUUCUAGCUGAUGACAUCUUUAUCAAAAUGCCAUCUCAUAUUCUCUCCCCUCUCCCGUUUAAUCCAAAUGUGCCAUUUCCAUCAUUGUUUUUACCUUCUGGAUUUCUGCAGAAACCGUAACCAUUGAAGAAGUGAGAAAAUAAUAUGGAAUAGCAUUUUGAUGAGGACAAUGUCAUGCAGACACUGGGUGACUCUUGUGUCUGUGAGCAGCCACGAAUCAACAGUAAACUGUUGUGUGGAAGCUCCUUGAGGAGAAAGAAGUUGUCUCUGGAAGACCUAGCAGUGCCUACAGACGUGGCUGAUCAGAUUGUUGCCUUUCAUCACAUCCUGUUAGAGCCAUUAGAUUGAAAUAUUUGCCUUUGGAAAAGCACAGUUUGCAUUUGUUGUUGUUUAAUCAUUUAGUCAUGUCCGACUCUUCGUGACCCCAUGGACCAGAGCACGCCAGGCACUCCUGUCUUCCACUGCCUCCCGCAGUUUGGUCAAACUCAUGCUGGUAGCUUCGAGAACACUGUCCAACCAUCUCGUCCUCUGUCGUCCCCUUCUCCUUGUGCCCUCCAUCUUUCCCAGCAUCAGGGUCUUUUCCAGGGAGUCUUCUCUUCUCAUGAGGUGGCCAAAGUACUGGAGCCUCAGCUUCAGGAUCUGUCCUUCCAGUGAGCACUCAGGGCUGAUUUCCUUCAGAAUGGAGAGUUUGAUCUUCUUGCAGUCCAUGGGACUCUCAAGAGUCUCCUCCAGCACCAUAAUUCAAAAGCAUCAAUUCUUCGGCGAUCAGCCUUCUUUAUGGUCCAGCUCUCACUUCCAUACAUCACUACUGGGAAAACCAUAGCUUUAACUAUACGGACCUUUGUUGGCAAGGUGAUGUCUCUGCUUUUUAAGAUGCUGUCCAGCAUUGUUUGCAUUGUUAGUGUCAUUUCUAUGGGAAGCCAUAGCUUCUUGGCAGCACAACCCAAAAGCAGGGUACCAUUCAAGUUAUGAGAGAGAGCAGCAUAAGCAAUGAAGAAUUUGCUAUUCUUUCAAAUGUCACAACUGGAAGGGCCUCUACAGAGCAUAUAGGACAGUGUGCAUUUUGCUGACAGUGUGAGUCCCAGCUGAGAGCAGUGAAAUGAAACAGGCUUUAGUUUCUUCUUCCCAGUUGAAGCGGCAUGCUCUCAGCAAUGCAGUUCUAACUUGGGCACAACUGUAAACUAAAAAUAACUUCCUUGCCUGCGUAAGGCACGUUUUGGCCCAACACCAAAUUCAGCCUAUGUGGAAUAGACAAAAAUGUUACAGCUAAAGUUGUUAUAAUUCAGGUCAUUUUUUAAAUACCCAGUCACUCUUGCUGAUACUUUGCCAGAUACUUGCUUAAUACAAUACAACUUUCCUAAAGAAGGUCCAUUAUUCUAAUAAGUGUUGAGGAAACUCACUGCAGGGAGGAGAAAAGGUGGAAUAAGAGUUUCCAGUUCCAGCUAAGUUGUAAUGCCUCUUUUCUUUGGCAAACCAUGCUUAAAGUAGCUCACAACAACAUCAGGCACAGCAACAUUUCAGGAUAAUUCACUUUUAACUAUUGCAAGGCAGAGGAACAAGAAAGGGACUUUCUCAUUUGCACUGACUUCCAGAUUAUUUCCAAAUCCAGUUCUGGGUGCUGGUUCUGACCUAUAAAAACCCUACACACUUGGGACCUAAUGGAACACCCUAAGGUCAUCAACAGAAGCCAUUCUUCACAUGCCUCCUCUGGCAGCUGAUCUUGUGCAUCAUGAAAGAGCAAAAAGUUGUCAGUUACUUAAUUUAGUAUUGUAUUUUUAUGGCCAAGAGGAGAGAGAGGUGCUUCAGAAAUACUAGGCUGCAGAUGCCAGGAUAACAUUGUUGGCCUUGGGUAUUGUGCUCUAUGACUUGUGCGAGGGGCAUUUGCUGUUCCACCUCACGUAGCAAAAUGUCUUGUGCCUCUUUAAUGGCAUAACAAAGUCAGCAAAGCUGAAAGCUAACUGGCAAACUAGGUGCCAAUUAAUGAGCAAAAAUGGCUGUUAAGGAACAGCAGCUCCCACUGCCUGUUCGCACAGAUCCAAGUUUCCAGCUAACAUUGUGUUGUCACAAUGAACUGUCACUCAUAAUUUUCACACGCAGUUCAAUGUAAGAGUGGGCGCUUGACAAAGUGGUUUCCCUUUUCCGUGGAAGAGGCACAGGUAGACAGUGGUCCACCAGACAGAUAUUUCCUGCCCAGCUCAGACACACAGAGACAUAGACACAGACACACACAUUUGUGUUGGCCCUCUAUUGUUGUUGUUUAGUCGUUUAGUCGUGUCCGACUCUUCAUGCCCCCAUGGACCAGAGCACGCCAGGCACCCCUGUCUUCCACUGCCUCCCGCAAUUUGGUCAAACUCAUGCUGGCAGCUUCGAGAACACUAUCCAACCAUCUCGUCCUCUGUCGUCCCCUUCUCCUUGUGCCCUCCAUCUUUCCCAACAUCAGGGUCUUUUCCAGGGAGUCUCUUCUUCUCAUGAGGUGGCCCAAGUAUUGGAGCCUCAGCUUCAGGAUCUGUCCUUCCAGUGAGCACUCAGGGCUGAUUUCCUUAAGAAUGGAUAGGUUUUAUCUUUUUGCAGUCCAUGGGACUCUCAAGAGUCUCUUCCAGCACCAUAAUUCAAAAGCAUCCAUUCUUCGGCUAUCAGCCUUCUUUAUGGUCCAGCUCUCACUUCCAUACAUCACUACUGGGAAAACCAUAGCUUUAACUAUACGGACCUUUGUUGGCAAGGUGAUGUCUCUGCUUUUUAAGCAGAGACCUCUGGUCAAACGCGCUUUGCAAGUUUUUGAAACCAUAUAAAAACCUGCAAAGCCAGUUUACCAGAGACAAAAGUGAAAUGAGUAAACGCACCACAAGCAGCUAUUUCUCUAACACUGCCUGCCUCCAGGCUUAGCUGAGCUUGCUCAAUUAAUUUGUACCCAGCUAAUUUGAUCUUUCUGUUGGCAUUCAGAGUAUUUUCAAUCAUUGAUUCCUCCCCUGGUACCUUCUUAACCUACAAAAGCACAACUGGAGUUCAGAUGCUUAGUAUUCUCCAUAAAUGUUUUAUUUGCAGGAUCUGAGAUGAAAGCUUUUCCCCCUUUAAACGAGGGAAAUGUGAACUGUUAAUCCCUAACAUUUUGCUUUAAAGUUAUUCUGUGCAACUUCCGCUCACUUCAUUAUCAGAGCUCAGGAGGAGGAGAGGCACCCAGGGGGUGCUUUAACAUUUAUGUGCUUCACACCUACACAAACAGAGGAGGGUAACAACUAUCAGCAGCUUUCUAGGCUAAUUUUGAAAGGAAAUAAGCACCCUUCCUCUCUGGAUUUGUUUAUUUUUCUCUUGCGUGAUCAGAAUUGGGACUGCCGGUGAAAAGGAAAUACCAUCUUUCCUUUUCUUGAUUUGUUUCAUUGCUUUAUUUAUACAUGCAGCUUAUUUCUAUAUCGCCUUUUGCACAGUGGCUCCAAACAGGGAAAGAAGAAGAAAAUGCCGGGCAGGGAUGGAGCUGUGGGUUAAACCACAGAGCCUAGGACUUGCCGAUCAGAAGGUCGGCGGUUCGAAUCCCUGCGACGGGGUGAGCUCCCGUUGCUCGGUCCCUGCUCCUGCCAACCUAGCAGUUCGAAAGCACGUCAAAGUGCAAGUAGAUAAAUAGGUACUGCUCCGGCGGGAAGGUAAACGGUGUUUCUGUGUGCUGCUCUAGUUCGCCAGAACUUAGUCAUGCUGGCCACAUGACCCGGAAGCUGUAUGCCGGCUCCCUCGGUCAAUAAAGCGAGAUGAGCACCGCAACCCCAGAGUCUGCCAUAACUGGACCUAAUGGUCAGGGGUCCCUUUACCUUUAGUUGAUCCCAAGUUGAUUAGGGCUUUAAAUGCUGAACCCAGAAACUUGAACUGUCCAUGGUAGCAUAUUGUCAGCCAAUGCAGCUCCCAUAGCUGAGGUGUUCUCUGGUGUCGGUGGGGUGCCCUGGUCAAGAUCCUGGUUGCUGCAUUUGGCUGCAGCUGCCAGAUUAAGCCCAAGAGAAGAUCCACGUUGCAGAAAUCCAGUUUUGAGAUUACUAAUUUCAGGACCGCAGUAGGCAAGCUCUCACAGCCCAAGAAUGGCCAUCACUGUCUUAGCAACUGAAAGUUGGUCGGAGGCACUUCAAGCCCACCUGAGCCUCAGUCAACAGUGAUAGAUCCAGGAGUACCCUCAGACUACUGGAGAUGUCCAAAUGAGCAUGUUUUAUUGGUGUAUUAAAUUAUAUUUUAUGGAUAUUUACAGACUGGUUUUAUUGCUGUAAGCCGCCUCCUUGUAUUUUAUGAAACAGCAGGUUAUAGGUUUUCAAAUAAAUAAAUAAAUAAAUAAAUAAAUCACAGUGGCUUGGAUAACCUUGCUUAGUCUGGGAAAUUUAGCCAAGACCAAUAGUAAUAUGCUUGCUAUGGAUGUCUGGCAACAAUCUCACUGCUGUUGCAAUUCUAAUAUUUAUGAACAAGUGAAUAAAAGUUUUAUGGUAAUAGCAUACCAAUAUAGAAUGUCAUGGUGCUGUCAGCGGGUCCCGGCUGGUUGCCCAGGGAAGUCUAAAGACAAGGAAAAGUUUCUCAUGGUCCUUUUUUAUUUCAAAUUUACAGGGAGAGGCCAUAGAACCCAGCCUCUUGGAUAAUGGCAUUGUCCUGAGCGAAUCUCCAACCCCUCCUUCUCUCACACUUCCUCAUUUGUCAUCGUCAUAUCCUCUGCGGGUGCCACUAAGUGCCCUUUGUCAUCAAGCUCUUUACUUUUAAGGCUCGCCGGGUUCUGGGAGAUGGUGGGUCUGGGGUGCUUUCUAGUGACAACGUGUCAGCCAGCUGCAGUUCUGGCUCUGCCUGCUCCUCCUCUCCCAUUAUUUCCCAACUUUCCCCCUUAUCUGCCUCUGAGCUGUAACCUCCCGCAAACCACUGUUGUAAAUCUAUAUGAAAUAUACAGUGGUACCUCGGGUUAAGUACUUAAUUCGUUCCGGAAGUCUGUUCUUAACCUGAAACUGUUCUUAACCUGAAGCACCGCUUUAGCUAAUGGGGCCUCCCGCUGCCGCCGCGUGAUUUCUGUUCUCAUCCUGAAGCAAAGUUCUUAACCCAAGGUACUAUUUCUGGGUUAGCGAGUCUGUAACCUGAAGCGUAUGUAACCUGAAGCGUAUGCAACCCGAUGUACCACUGUACUCGGAGUCGAGAGUGGAUUUCAUGCUCUUUAUUCAGCUCAUAGUGGUGAGGAGGAAUGGAAGUUCCCCUAGAAUGCCUGCUUUAUAUACAUUAUUUACACAAUGGGCCCCAUGUGAUUGGCUAAUUCCUGGAUUCUCCUGUAGGCCAGUCAGGUUGCGGAUUCACUUCCACCUGGAGCUGGACUGGGUGGCUCCUGUGGACCAAUCAGACUGCUGCAUUCUGGAUCCUAUUGUUCUAGGACCAAUCAGACUGCUUCAUUUUGGAUCCUAUUCAACUCAGUACAUAACACUAUACUGUCUUCCUCUCCCUCUCCCUGCCCCCGCCCAAAGGGUCAGGAUGGGGAGGCAGUCUUCACCACUCCUCCUCCUCUGCCCUGAUCCUGACAUCAACUUACUUAAGGGCAUCAAAAUUGAGUGUGGUCCUGUGAUGUCUGUACUGGAUAAAGAUGGGUCCGUGGUCUGAAAAGGGUAUGUCAACAGAUGGCUGCCUGAAAUUUGCUCAGUUGGGUUGGAUAGCUUCCCUGAGCUUACAGAUUAACUUGACGGGACAUUCGCCGAAGCCUUAAGAAGCACGUCUCUGGGGCUUCCCAUUCUGUUUCCUGUGAUAAGUGAUUUGGUAUCCCGGGCAUGGAUACCAUAGUAAAAGCAGGGCUUUUCAAAGCUGGAACUCAGUUCUGGCACUUCUCAGGUGGGCAUCAUUGCCAUUAUAAGAGAACAAGGGAAGCAUUUGUGGUGAGUUCUGGCACCUCUUUUUCUAGAAAAAUAGCGCUGAGUGAAAGUAUCCAUGAGUCUCUCCAGCCCAACAAAAAUGAAAAUUGUUUUCAACGAGACGGUUGAAAUUGGAUGGAUAAUGUUGGCUCAGAUGACUUACGUGUUUAGUUUGUGUUCAUGAUUCCCCUACCUCUUUCCAGUGUAAUUUUAAGCUAAAUAUUUGGCUAUGUGCCUGACUAAAUUAAGGAAACCGCAUUUGAUUCUGUCAACCCAUGUGUGUCUGACAAGUCAGAUGGUUGCGGUCAUUUUUAUUCUGGUCUGUGGGGUGUCAGGGAGAGGGGAAUGCAGACCAAAGAAAGUUUUGGAGAACUGAGCCAUGGAGACUCAUACGGCAGAACCCUGAGGUAUUUAUGCUCAAAGGGCUGCACUGAUUUCUUCCCCACCACCCCUAAAACUGAUCAAAGGGAUGUGGCAAAAAGCUUCCGCAUGUCACAAAGUUGAGGCAAGUGGGUGGAAAGGGAUUGACAGUCAGCAACAGCAGUAGGCUGGGAAAAAGUGGCACUUCCAUUUCAAUAUACGGCCUAGGACCCUCGUACCUACGGGACCGCCUCUCCUGGUGUGUCCCAUGGAGGACCUUACGGUCUUCAAACGAAAACAUCUUGGAGAUCCCGGGCCACAGGGAGGUUAGGCUGGCCUCAACCAGAGCCAGGGCUUUUUCGGCCGUGGCCCCAAUCUGGUGGAACGUUCUGUCACAAGAGACUAGGGCCCUGCGGGACUUGACAUCUUUCCGCAGGGCCUGCAAGACGGAGCUGUUCCACCAGGCCUUUGGCCAAGGCACAGUCUGACUCCCUCCUUCAGUACUCCUCACAGAACUCUAGCCCAAUGGUUGCCAUUAAUUUGAUUUUGAAUUAAUUUUAAAAUGAAUUGAUUUUAGAAUGCUGUGCUACUUUUAUUGUUGUUAGCUGCUCUGAGCCCGGCUUUGGCUGGGGAGGGCGGGAUAUAAAUAAAAUAUUAUUAUUAUUAUUAUUAUUAUUAUUAUUAUUAACUGGCCACACUGCCUUUGAAAUGUCAACCUAGUUCUUUGAGAAUAUUCCCCCUCCCCACAUACAUUCUGAGAGGGAAAAUGGUAAUGCGGGGAGGGUGUGUAGUAAUGGGGGGGGGACAUGAUUUAUUAUACUGCAUUUGAAAAACUUGGGAGAGAAGGCUUAGUAUGUACGAUAACAUCCUAACUGAAGCUUUAUCUUGGCAUUUAUUGUUUAGUCCCAGGACGCAUUUGUAAAACAGAAAGACAUCGCCAAACAACAUAAAGAGAGAGCAAAAGGCAGAGAACAGCCAGCAGCUCCUUCUGGUGCCAAAAAUGAAGAUAAGUCAAGGUAUUUAGUGGGGUGGGAGUCCUAAUCCACCCUAAAGACUGUAAACUUCAAGUCUGGUAAUUAUUGUGUCGGAAGAUACUGGUAUUCUUUUCGUAAUGCAACAAAUACUCUUUCUUCAAGGUUGGACUCUGGAGGUGCACCAAAAAGAGAAGUCAGGCAUACCGUUGCCGGUUUCCAGAAGGAGAAGGCCAAAGAAAUACAAGCUUUGCAAGAGGAAUGGUACUACCAAAAGACAGAAUUGCAAGCUCAAGUACAGUGGCGAAUUCUGUAUUGCUAUUUCAUGACAAAUGCAUUCCUUUGAACAGCAGGCCAGCUACAUAUGUAAAACUCAGCCCAGUGCAUAUAGAAAUGACAGUAAACCUCAGCGAUGGGACCAAAAGCCCUGUGCCUUCAGCCGCGCUAUAAUUGUGUCGCACAUAGAAGUCUGCCUCUACAAGUUAAAGAAAGACCCUUGUCAGAUCUGAGAUCAGCUGCAAAUGAUGACUCAUCAGCUUUCAGCUGAACUUACAUCUAGAGCUUUUGCAAGGACAAAAAUGGAAUAAGAUCUAAUACAUUGCCCCAAGCUCCUUGUAGAAUAGGCAGGAUCCAUGGAGCAUAAGAACGUGGCAGGCACCUCUCCAUUUUGGCUACGAGAGGAUGCUCCAAGCAGUGAUCUCUUUUGCUCAUGGAGAGAAACUUUCAGGUUAACUUGGCUUCAUUGCUACGUGGAGAGUUGAACACAGAUGGAAAAGGGGAUGUGUCAUGUAAUGCGGGUGGCGCUGUGGUCUAAACCACAGAGCCUAGGGCUUGCUGAUCAGAAGGUCGGCGGUUCAAAUCCCUGUGACGGGGUGAGCUCCCGUUGCUCGUUCCCAGCUCCUGCCAACCUAGCAGUUCGAAAGCACGUCAAAGUGCAAGUAGACAAAUAGGUACCACUCCGGCGGGAAGGUAAACGGCAUUUCCAUGCGCUGAUCUGGUUUGCCAGAAGCGGCUUAGUCAUGCUGGCCACAUGACCCGGAAGCUGUACGCCGGCUCCCUUGACCAAUAAAGCGAGAUGAGCGCCGCAACCCCAGAGUCAUCCGCGACUGGACCUAAUGGUCAGGGGUCCCUUUACCUUUUAAGGCUGGUAGAAGCAAGUAAGCCUAGCUUAUCUGAGAAUACAUUUUCAAAGAAUAAUAAAGGAUAUUUUCUUUUGAAAAAGUUGUUCUCUGAACGGGCUUGUGAUGGGAGGUAACUGCUGUGGUUAAUGACUGUGUCUUGUUGGAUUCUAAUAAUUGAAGGUUGCGCAGCUGAAGGAAGCUUUAGAACAGCAAGCAAAUGCUUUCAGGGAAGCCCUCGAAGAACAGGAGCUACUGUCCAGCAAGGAGAGAGAAAAGCUUCUGCAAGAUCUUCAGGACACCAUUAAGCAAAGCCAAGAUGCUAAAGUGCAGCUGGAGGUGUCUCACCAAAGAGCCAUAAAUCUCCUGGAGAAAAGCAAAAAUCAAGAGCUUGAGGUUAGAUUUGUACUGGCAGUGCUGAUUUACCGUAUUUUUUGCUCCAUAAGAGGCACCUAGUUUUUAGAAGGGAAAUGCAAGGAAAAGAAUAUUCUUUAAAGGGAGUGCUGAGCAGAGCCUGUCUGCAUCCCAGGCUACUCAUCGCUCCCUUUCAUGAGCCGCGCGGAGCGUGUGUGUGGCUCUUGGGGACUUUUCCCCCAGGAGGGAGAAGGGCAGCCUGUCACUGAUGGGCUGCCCUUCUCCCUCCUCGGGAAAAGCCCCCAAGAGCCGCACACACGCUCCGCACGGCUCUUUAAAGGAAGCGCGGCUCUUGGGGGCUUUUCCAGGAGGUGGGGGAAGGGACAGAGGGGCUAAGUCAGAAGCUAGAACAGCAAGAGGGAGCGCUGCGCAGAGAUUCCUCUCGCUUUUCUGGCUUCUGGGAUAGCAGCGCAGCCUUCAUUCGCUCCAUAAGAUGCACACACAUUUCCCCUUACUCUUUAGGAGGGAAAAAGUACAUCUUAUAGAGCGAAAAUACAGUAUUUUCCUUUAUUCCGAGCCUUAACCAUUUGAGGAUCAAAGUCACAGCAGAUAAAUGUUCCCCCAGCUUCUGGGCAUGGCAGUUGUGUUUUUGAAUAGAGAUGGACAUGAAAGCGAGCGACAUACAUACAUAAAAGAAUUUGGAUCUGAGAGAUGUGGAUGGUUUACAGUGUAUUCCUUUACAUGUCUACUCAGAAUGCUGUGGAAAUCACUGGGGCUUGCUCUUAAGUAAAUGGAUGGAGGAUUGCUGCCUUAUUGAUCUUUCCUGGUUUCUCCAAACCAAUCUCCUCCUAACUAACCAGUGCAAGAAAAGGCUAGUGCAGACAUGGUUGGGUCUGAUCUUAACCACAGUUAAAAGGCUGAGAGGUCUGUGAAGCAAAUCCUCUCUCAGCAACUCAGGAUUGAAUCAAUGGCAUCAAAUCAAAUCCAUCUGACUCUCUCCAAAUCAAGGGCUGUAAGACCACUAAUCUGAAAACAGAAAUCCACAACCGUUACAGAAGAGUAAACUAGAAUAGACUUGGGUUAUUUGGGUAAACUUGAGAACCAAAAGGAUUGAGCCAACAAAGUUCGAAUUUAAACAUUCCAUCGCUAAAAAUCCAUGAUCAGUCAACACUUCCACUUACAACAGGAGUUUAAAGGCUUGAAUUUUUCCUUGUUUGCAGGAAGCAGAGGAGUCCUGGAAGCAGAAAUAUAACGACGGCUUCAAUAUCCAACAGCAGACACACAGCCUGGAAAUGCAGGCAUUGGAAGAGAAGGCGAGAGAAGAAUUGGAGAGCAAACUUGAGAGGAUACAGAAGCCACAGUCACUGCUGAUAGGUACAACAUUAAACAAGUCACUUUAGUAAUGACUAGGGGACUUGACAAUUAUUCACUCAAUUGUUUCCCUUGGGUUGUAUUCAACUAAGUUUUACUCAGAGUAGACCCACUGAAAUUAAUGGACUUAACUAAUGAAACCUGCCCAUGAUGGUACCUGAUCCAUGGAAAGCUGCCACUUCCAACUAUUGCCACAUGGAAGGUUUGGCUCUCUGCCAUGCUAAGAAGCAUCCAUUUCCCCACUUCUUCUUCUUCUUAACACACAACAGUUGCCAAAGUUUCCAUGUGGAAAUUGUUGGAAGUGGCUGCUUACUAUGGAUCAAGUAGCACCUUGGGCAAGUUUUUCACACAAUAUGUUCAAGUGCUUGUGAGAAUAGGCCCCAGAACGGUUCUCUGAUGAAGCUGCUGUUGUUGUUUUAAAUGCCAAUUGUCUGUGAAUAAUAACUACAACUAUGCAAGUCAAUAAAUCGUCGGAAUUGGGGGUGGGGUCCUUUUUUCCCCUGUUACAAAAUCUUCUGUCCAUGCAGAAAAGCCCUCUUCUCCAUUUCAGCCACCUUUCGGGGCCACGUGAACAAGAAUGCAAAUGCGCUGCCUCCUUUCGCAAGUGGCAACCACCAGUUUUCAGGAGCGGGUCUGCAUUGUGAUGUACGGCAGGCGGAUUAUCUCCCAGUUGGCAAGAGAGGGAGGGACGACAAUUAUACAGCAAACAAGUGGCCUCAAGGAAGCCCAGUGACUUUGGAGAAAAGGCUUAGCCUCCAAAGGGCAGCUGUUGUUUAGUAGAAUUACCCCCCCAUCAUAAUAAUAAUGGGUGCAGCCCUAAUAUACCGUAUUUUUCGCUCCAUAAGAUGCACUUUUUCCCUCCUAAAAAGUAAGGGGAAAUGUGUGUGCAUCUUAUGGAGCGAAUGCAGGCGGGAGGCUCUGCUCAGCGCUCCCUUUCAAGAGCCGCGUGGAGCGUGUGGCUCUUGGGGGCUUUUCCCCGAGGAGAGAGAAGGGCAGCCUGUCAGUCCCUUCUCCCACCUCGCGGAAAACCCCCAAGAGCUUCACACACGCUCCGCACUUCUCUUUAAAGGGAGCGCUGAGCAGAGCCUCCUGCCUGCAUUCGCAUCUGGGAUGCAUACAAGCUCUGCUCACUGCUCCCUUGUAAGGGCUCCCUUCCGUCCCUCAUCCCGCUUUGCUAGGAAGCCAGCAGAAGAGGCGCUACGCAGCUAUCGCUCUUGCUCUGCUGGCUUCAGCGAGAGCUGCACAGCUUGCUCUGCUGGCUUCUCAGUGAAGCGGGAGGCGGGAUGGAAGGGUUUAAAGCAAGAAAAGCUCUGCGCAGAAUAUAUUUUUUCUUGCUUUCCCCCUCUAAAAACUAGGUGCGUCUUAUGGAGUGAAAAAUACGGUAAUUGUCCUGAUACAGAGAGAUCUAUGUGCAGAAACAAGCUUCACUCAGCCAGCAUCGAUACAGAGGUGUGUUUGGAUGCACAUAGCCGUCUGGGUUCACUAAACUGCGCCACGUGUUGCUGCACUGCAGGGGUUGGACUAGAUGACCCUUGGGAUUCCUUCCAACUCUCAAAUUCUUUGAUUCUAUGUACACAUGCACAUGUGUACAUAACAUUGUUCUCUGCUCCUUUGGUGUCCAUUUAGCACUUACUAGGAUACUAGUACCUCAAAGCUUCUCCCUGUUUCAGAAGAGCUUUCCUGCAUUUUUUUCACAUGUUUGCGUUUGUUUCUAGAAUCUCUGAGAAGGGAGCUGUCUGAGCAACAGAUAAAGAAUAAAGAAAAGGAAGAUCUCCAAGAGGAACUGAAGGCUAUGAUGACUGCGAAGAGGCAGCAGGUAAACUUCUUAUUUCUCUACUAUUGACCAGAUGCCACAAAUAAACUACUCUUGAUCAGUUGCAACAAAUCCUGUUCAAGAUUUUAAAUGGCUUCUACUGUUUUGUUUUGUUUUUUUUGGUACAGAGUUCUCAGUUCAAAAGCCCAUCAGUGUACUUUAUAUUUACUGUGUAUUAUAAUAAGCUUGCCACUGUUGACAGUACUUUGGGAUUGUUUCCACAUGCACUUGUGUUAAAUUUUACACCAGUCUCCCAGAUUCUGCAUCAAGAGCAGAAUUCUCUAGCCUGUAUACUCAUUCAUUCAUUCAGCCUUUAUUGGCAUAGUUUGAGACAAUAAAAUCAUAAAAACCAUCCAUAAAAACCAUUGGUAAUCCAGAUAUAUUAUAGCCUGUAUACAUUAUGCAAUUGAAACAAAUUUGUGGGAUCUCUUUUGCUAUUUUACAUAGUGCUUUUUGGGGUGUUUGGGUAUUCAGGGAUAGCCAGCACCAUGGAGAGCAGGGGGCAAAUCUCCCCCAAACAUGCCUGCCUUCCCUUUCACCCCCAUUGCUGGGCUCCUGUCAUUAACAUAUACUGUUAUAUUUCUCUCAAAUAUCUUAACAUGUGGCACACAUAUCACCCCCUAGAAGUAUAAAAAGGUAAAGGGACCCCUGACCAUGAGGUCCAGUCAUGAACAACUCUGGGGUUUCGGUGCUCUUCUCGCUUUAUUGGCCGAGGGAGCCAGCGUACAGCUUCUGGGUCAUGUGGCCAGCAUGACUAAACUGCUUCUGGCGAACCAGAGCAGCGCAUGGAAACACCGUUUACCUUCCCGCCAGAGCGGUACCUAUUUAUCUACUUGCACUUUGUGCUUUCGAACUGCUAGGUUGGCAGGAGCAGGGACCGAGCAACGGGAGCUCACCCCGUCGCGGGGAUUCAAACCGCCGAUGUUCUGAUCGGCAAGUCCUAGGAUCUGUGGUUUAACCCACAGCGCUACCCGCGUCCCUCCUAGAAGUAUACUUUGUCCCUUAUGGCUCCCCUAGAUAUAUUUUUCUGGUGCUGCCACUGCGUGAGUCAACAAGCCAUAGAGAACGCUAAGCACUAUAAAUUUAAUGUAGCAGCUCUAAAAGGAUUUUGCCAGUGAUUGCCUGCAGUCACAUUUUCAAGCCUGACCAUCACUUCCAUAAGGGCUAACCGUCUGCUUUUUUUUGCUAAAUGAAAGCUCAAAUUCUCAGGAAGCGGACUUCUGUGUCCAUUACCACACCCUUUUCUGCACUGCUGUGGAAUCAUUGAAUAUACCUGAUAAUUUAAAGCAGGGGUAGCCAAUGUCGUGCCCACUGUAUGUUUCUUAGCUACAACUCCCAUCAGUAUGACCAGUGGCCAGGGAUGAUAGCGGAUGUAGACCAACAACAUAUGUAGAGGACAUCAUGGCUACCCCUGAUUUAGAGACGCAAGCUCUGGGGAGGGGGAAUUUCAUACAGCUACAUGUUGAAUAGGCAUGUGCAGCUGUUUUCUGUUACUCAGCAAAAGACCCCCGAAACAGAUCUUUAUCUUUUUCUGCAUUUUCUAAAUGGAAUGUUAUUGUCCACAUCCAUAAUGUGCAAAACCUCAGUUUUUGCUAUUUUUCUUAGGAAGAAAAUUGCCAGAAUCAGAUGAAGUCUCUUAAAGAUGAACUGGAAAAAUGUCAGCAUGAAAAUUCUGGGCUCAAAAAUGAGAAUGUCCUUCUUAAGGACACAAUGGAUCUUCUGACCGUAGAAGUGGAACGACAGAAACAAACGUCUGCACAGCUUCAAGACAAGGAGAGCCAACAAAGAAGGUUUGCCACUGAUAUUUUGCCACUUUCACCCUAGGGCCCAAUCCACCCCCUAAAUUUCAGGAAUACUAUCUAGUCCCCAACCGCCAUUGUUGAGGUAGGACAUUAGAUGAGUGGGAGUAGGACUAUGUGGCCUUAGGCCUAGCUGAAAGUCCUUUGUGUGGAAUGAGGUAAGACUUUGGCCUAUCACACCAAUAGUAGUAGCAGCAGUAGUAAUAUAUUUCUUGUACCCCACCCAAAACAGCAAAUAUUAAAUGCUUCCCAAAACAGGGCUGCCUUCAGAUGUCUACAGAAAGUUGUAUAAUUGUUUAUCUCUUUGACAUCUGAUGGGAGGGUGUUCCACGGGGCAGGUGCCACUACUGAGAAGGCCCUGUUGUGGAUAUGGGGGGAUGAUUAACAUUUUUUUAUGAUUUUCAAUUUUAUACAUUUCAAUAAUAUUACAAUCAUUUAAACAUUUCAAACAUUGCCUUCCUUCCCCCUUUUUCUGCGGUUCCUUAAAUUUAUUUUUAAUAUUUUCUGCAUAUCCAAAUUAACUUAAUUUGCUCAUUUAUUCAUCUACUUCAAAUAUAUACUCUUAUAAAACUGCAGGUUAUUACAGUAAUCCUGCCAAUGUUCUUAUCCGUUUACAAUUUAUUUGUAAAUAUUCCAUAAACCAUUUCCAUUCUUUUAUAAAAAGAUUGUUACCUUGAUUUCUUACUUUUCCACUAAGUUAACAAAAUCAGUCCUCCUGGCAAACUGGGAAUAUCCCCUGACUCACCCAAGUUUAGGAUAUUCCACACCUUUCCUCAGCAGAGUUUUUUUUUUCUUUGAGAAAAAUAAGUGGCUCAUGUAAAUGUAAACCAAGCUUUAAUGAUAAAGAAGACUGUAAUGAAAUAACAUAAUAGGAGAAACGAAAUACAACAACGUGAGGCAAGUCUGAGGCAAGAAAAGAAAUGGCAAUUGGUCCUUCUUAACUGAACACACAGAAGGGGAUGGGCUUAUUCCAGAGCAGAACACACAAGCCCCGCCCACCAGGUACCCAACAUUCUACUGAUCAUCUCCUUGACAUCUGAUGGGAGGUUGUUCCACAGGGCGGGUGCCACUACCGAGAAGGCCCUCUGCCUGGUUCCCUGUAACCUCGCUUCUCGCAGGGAGGGAACCGCCAGAAGGCCCUCUGAGAUGGACCACUGUGUCUGGGAUAAAUGAUGGGGGCAGAGACGCUCCUUCAGGUAUAUAGGGCCAAAGCCAUUGAGGGCUUUCAAGGUUGGCACCAACACAUUGUGCUUGGAAAUGUACUGGGAGCUAAUGUAGAUCUUUUAGUGUUAUGUGGUCCUGGCGGCCGCUCCCAGUCAGCCAUCUAGCACCCUGGACACUCAUUGCUGGUGUAUAUCAAACUGGUUAUUUUGGAUCUCCCUUUGUAUCAAACGUCUGGAAAUUAUGAUAGGAUCAGUAGAGGCCAAUGUUUAUAUUCACUCUUGAUGCAAUUCAGAUAUGAUAGUGGUGGAAAGGGAAUAGAAAGUGUGAGCACCUGUGCCUCCUUCUUCCUACUUAGUGGUAUCUCCAGUUUGCCAUAUUUUGUCCAAUAAGAAAAUUCACUUCUCCCACACCAGGGAGAUUGACAAGCCCCGGUGCAGAGACUUGUCCUGUGUGAGGGAGAGAAUAUUGUGGAAUGCCCUCCCAUCAGAUGUCAAAGAAAUAAACAGCUAUCAAUGGAAGAAUGAAGAAAUCCCAGCGAAAGAACAGUGGCAAGAAAAACUGAUGAGUUAUGCAGAACUGGCUAAAUUGACAUACAAACAGUGGGACAAGGACAACUGUGACUUUCAGGAAGAAUGGGAGCUUUUUACAAAUUACCUAAAAAGACAACAAAAUGAACUGGACACAUUGGCAGGGUUUGAAUAAACAUACACAAAUUUAUUGGUUGAUAACAUGAUAGAUAGAUAAUUUUAUAACAUGCAGAGAAUAAUAUGUGCUGAGAAAUCAGAGAGAGGAGCUGAGGGAAGUAUCGGGGGGAAGGUUUGAAGGGGGGGUAAGGGAAAAAAAAUAAUGAAUAUGAUAUGUUUAGAUAGUUUGUAUGUUGAAAUUGUUAAUAAAAAUAUUUUAAAAAGAAAUAAACAACUAUCUGACAUUUAGAAGACAUCUGAAGGCAGCCCUGUUUAGGAAAGUUUUUAAUGACUGAUGUUUUAAUGUAUUUUUAAUCUCCUGUUGGAAGCCGCCCAGGGUGGCUGGGGAAACCCAGCCAGAUGGGUGGGGUCUAAGUAAUAAAUAAUAAUAAUAAUAAUAAUAAUAAUAAUAAUAAUAAUAAUAAUAAUAAUUAUUAUUAUUAUUAUUAUUAUUAUACAUUUGAAACGAGACCUAUUGUUUAUUUUAUGAAUCACUUCCCAUGAGCCACCCCAAACCUAUAUUCAAACGUGAUGUGAAGUGAGAUGUGGAAGAACAGGAAGAAGGAAGCAAAUGUGUUUCUACUUUCCUUCACAACACUCUAGUUUUCAAAGAUUCGCUCCGUCUUGGCAGUUUUCUUUGUGUAGAUCACCCACAGCCAGUGUGACUGCAGCAGUAGAGAAGCAUUGCUGAGCUAAUGCUCAGUUCCCCUUCUCCAAAUGAAGAGCCUUUUCCCCCCCCACACAAUGUGCUGCUGCCUGAACAUUUCAUUGCAUAGUUUAGCUGUGAAAUGAAAUGUCAAUCAUACUUCAUGAAAUCUCAAUUGAUCUAUGGAAUGUUUCAUAUUUCAUUUUCAAGCCAUUACAGCAUGUUGAACAAUUGUGUCCUCGAUAUUUAUUUUUAUUAUACAUUUUGAUAUCCCCAUUUAAGGUUAUUGGAAGAGGACCUUAAAAUCAUACAUAAAAGGGAAAUUGACGUCUUGGAACAAGAACACCGCAAGGAGAUUCAAAGCAUGAUGUCUGAUUUCAGUAGUUCACAAGGCCUACUUCAUGCGAAGAUUGUCUCCUUGGAAAACCAGUAUGUGGCUCUACGUGCAUAAGUGUGCAAUAUGUGUUGGACUAGUGAAGAUGUUAAUAUAUGGUGAUUUUUGAUAAUAUGUAACUUUGUGUUUGCAUUCUGCGAUCUUCCUCAAGUGCUUUUCAUCCUGUAAUUGAAACAGACUUAAAGAAUUAGAAGAGAGGGAGCGAAAGAGGGAGCCUAGGCUGGAAGACCUACAUCUUAUAGGCUGCCUACGGGAUAAAUUACAUGAAAAAGAAGAGAUGAUCAAGGAAUUAAUGGUGAGAUUUUAUCCAGAAAAUACUCACAGUACAUGCUAUAAAGCAGCUAUUUUCCAAAAGGUGGUGAGGAAAGGUAUUGCUUUGGAUAUGUUUUUUCCCCUUCCUUUCCAUAACAACUUUACAUUACUUUGAAUGCCCUGCUUGCAAACAACACAACAAUCUUAAUUUUUUAGAGUUAUUCGGAGAAGUGAGAGGGAGGAAUCCCCACAGGUGUUAAAACUCAAAUAAGCUGCUUAUUUCAUAUUCUCCCAUUUUUUUCCAUCUUCAGAAUUUCACGUGGAUACUGGCCAUGGGAAGGAGAAUAGGUAGGACCUGGUCAAGGGUGAGCACUUUUCAAGUCCCCUUAAUUUCAGUGGAAGCAUUGAAGCAGUUGCUUAAAUCUUUCACAUUGAAAUCAAAGGCCCUUAAACGUUGACCUUUGGCUGGGCCACAACCCCAAACAACUUCAAACUUCAGCACAAUGAUAUUCUGGUCUUGACCUUUAAAGCCGUUUGUGGCUUAGGACCCUCGUAUCUAUGGGACCACCUCUCCUGGUCUGCCCCGCAGAGGACCUUAAGGUCCAUGAAUAACCAUAGUUUAGAGGUCUCGGGCCCUAAGGAAGUCAGACUAUCCUCCACCAGGGCCAGGGCCUUCUCAGUGAUGACUCCGACCUGGUGGAAUGCUCUGUCCCAUGAGACCAGGGCCCUGCAGGAUUUAACCUCCUUCCGUCGGACCUGUAAGACAGAGCUAUUCCGCCUGGCCUUUAAUUUGAAUUCAGCCUGAUCUUUUAUUUCCCUUCUCUUCCCUCCCCCUCCCCUUUUAUGAAGAUCACCCGCUCCGAGACCCCACAGCUAAUUCUCCCCUGGCCUCCUCGCUAGCCCAAGUAGGACCAAUUCAGCCAGCUAGCCCUGGGGAUUAUCUAAUUUAUUUUUGAUUUUUAUUGUUAUUCAUGUUUUUUAUACCGUAUUUUAUGCUGCUUUUAUAAUUAAGUGUUUUAAAGUGUUUUCAAUUUGUUGUUAGCCGCCCUGUUCCCGGUUUUUGAACCAGGAAGGGCAGGGUAUAAAUAAAAAAUUAUUAUUAUUAUUAUUAUUAUUAUUAUUAUUAUUAUUAUUAUUAUUCAUAGUGAUCAAGACAAAAGAUUUUGGAAAGAUUUUCCAGUUUCAGAAUAACACUAUUUCCGCCCUCUACCCCCAACAUAAUUAUAUUAAUUUCAGGCAUGAGCCAUCCUCCUAUAGGAAGAAUUGACAAAGGGCUCAGCUGGUCCCAUUUUGCACCAUCCCACUCAUACAGUGUACACUUCCUGUAUACCCAUCCACCCAGUUGCCUCCUUCUUCACUCCAGAGGUUACUCUUGCCCAGAGGAAUGAUGGAAAAGUGGGGGAAGGAGAGAAGGAAUAGAUCUCCUCUGUUAACCCCCAGGCAACAGGCCCAGCUGUGUACUUGAAGGCAAUAAUCUGUGCUCCUCAAUUUUCCAUUCAACACCCAGCUCUGUAUUUCUGUUAUCAGUUUGCCCCACUCUCAUUCAGGAUUUGCGAGUUCAGACCUUUAAACCUCCCCCUUAAAUAAAUUCACACAAGACUCAAAUUUUGGUUUGGUUUUUGGCAGAAUUUAGGCCACAACUUUAUUGAUUACAGAAAGUGACUGGUUGCAUAGGCUCUGGUUCAACUAGCUCCCUGCACCGUUGCAGGUAGCGCUGACCCAGGGCACCAGCAUAGGUCAGCUUAAGGUGAACACCUGGAUAGGCGGGAAGCCGGGAACAGGCUAUCUCUGCCACCCAGAUGCCCCCCUGGACUCAGGCACGGGCACAACCCCCUCACAAGGGUUGACCAAACCAUUGAGUCCCUGGAUUCCUUUAACGGAAUACCCUUCACAUAGGGAUGGUGAGAGCGUUCUCCCAUCCCUAUCACCUGAACCAGAGCCUAUCCGCAACCUUACAAGUUGUGACGAUUUGCUACGCGGCAGGCAAAACCCAAAUGGCACCAGCCAAUCAGCCAAGUGGGGAAAAUUCCUGCCAUGCCCCUGUCCCAACGAUAGACGACACACGACGGCAUAGCAAGGUCAAGUGCACAGCCCUUAAUAUAGGGAGAGGUGGGCGGUUGUUCCAAUGCAUGCACCAAAAGAGGAAGCUCUGGGUCACGUGCAUAGGUAUAUAUAGGUCCCUUGAUCCGUUUAGCCUGCAUCCCAUUGGCCUGAUUGAACCCUGCAUCAAGGGACCUACCAACCGAAUGUUGUGGCUAUCCAAACGUACCCACCCACAACACAGGGUUUGGUUGCCAGGUCUCACCGCAACACGUGCCCUCUUUAAGGGAGGACACGAUUAAUCAUUUCAGACUGUGUUUAUUUUUUGGUUCAGACUUCAUCAGGGGUUUUGAUUUAAGUGCUCUAAAAUAAUAUUCAAGCUGAUGAUCUAUAUAACCAGCACGUGUUUUUUCCUUGACAGGACGGAAGCAAACUUCAACAUUCACUUUUGCCCAGUACAGAACCAUGUCGCAACCGGUCCUUUUCUUUUAACACAAACCCCACUACGUGUUUGACUCCUAUUGCAAAGGUAAUACAAACAAAAGUCUAUUAAAUGAUUAAAUGCCUAGAUAAUAUUAAAGGCCAUGGGUGAUACUUUCCCUUGAAAUCAACAGACAAUGAGUUUGAGUAGCAUUGGAUAUUAAUUGCAUAUAGCUGCAGCCAACUGCCUGUUUUCUGAGCAUAUAUCUCUUUCCUUUCACAGAGUGAUUAGAUUGGGUGCAACCCAAUAGUUAUGGAUUCAUAGCCAUAUUUUGCUAUGGUAUAUGCCUAAUGCCAGGCAAUAAAGAAUUAUACACAUUGUGGGUUGUUAGCAAAUGAAGUUUUAUUCUGAGCAGAGCCACUGACAUUAAUGGACCUAAGUUAACUUUGCAUGCAACUCAUUAAGUUUAUUUUACAAUGUCAGGCCUCUGUCUCUAUACCGGUGAAACCAAUAAAUACUGUCAGCUGGGAAGUCCCCAAGUCCAAUCUUCCCUCAGCCAUGAACUCAUGAGGUAGUCUUUGGCAAGUUUCCCAGCCUUAAUCUCACAUCUGCUGUAUGGGGAAUGAUAAAACUGACCUACUUUCUUGGGCUGUUGUAAAUAUUGCUGAAGAACGUAUGUGCUUGAACGUUAUUACAUUCUGAGCAGUGAAGGUGGGUUCGAGGAGAGGGUACAACCUAUUUUAAUAAUAUUCAAUGACAAGAAAGCAUAAGGUACAAGGAAACAAGGGCUGCGUCUGAAGACAGUUUAGAGACACUAGCUAUUCAGCAGCCAGGUUGCUCACCAGAGCAAGACGGUUUGGGCAUAUUACACCAGUCCUGGUCCAACUGCACUGUCUACCAAUUAGUUUCUGGGCCCAAUUCAAAGUGCUGGUUUUGACCUAUAAAGCCUUAAACAGCUCAGGACCGCAAUACCUCAAGGACCACCAUUUUCCAUAUGAACCUACCCAGACGCUGAUAUCAUCUUCUGAGGCCCUUCUUCGUGUGCCUCCUCCUCAAGAGGUCCGGAGGGUGGCAACACGAGAACAGGGCCUUUUCUGCAGUGGCUCCCCGCAUGUGGAAUGCUCUCCCCAGGGAAGUUUGCCUGGCGCCUUCAUUAUACACUUUAGGUGCAGGCAAAAACAUUCUUUUUUAACCAGGCCUUUGGUUGACUUGAUUGACAUCCUAUGCUCUUUUAAAAUGUGGGGAUUUUUGCAGGGGGGCGGUGUUAUUGGGUUGUUGUUUUUAUUUUGCUUGUGGUUUUAUAUUUUUGUUUUAUUCUGCGAACUGCCCUAAGACCUCUGGGUAUAGGGCGGUAUAUUAAUUCAUGGUAUUAAAUAUUAAUAAUAAUGAGAUACGCAAUUCUGUUCUCCUCAUAAAGCAGAAGAAGAAAAUGAAUGAAGCUCCCAGCCGCAUUGUCAGCGUUCCGAAUUUAGCUUCCUAUGCAAAAAGCUUUCUGAGUGGUGACUUAAGGCCUAAGAGAAAUCCACCUCAGAUUACAAAAUCUACAAGUUUGGAUCAGAAUCCUGGCUGUGUCAGAGUGUGCUAUCCAUCAGUACAAGCCUUGGAGACCAAGCCAGCCCCAAGGUAAGUCAUCAGUCUGUACUUACGGGGAGAAAGCUGUGAUCCUGUAUAAUGAAGCUCCAAUCCUAUACCAUUCCUCCUGGAAGUAAAGCCCUAUUGAACCCAUUGGUAUUUACUUCUGAGUCACUAGUGUUCAUUUAACCAAAGUAUUCUUAGACUUCAUCAAUAACAAAACAUCAUUCUGAUCUGAGCUCCCUUUGGAGGUUGUGGACUCCCCUUCCUUGGAGGUAUUUAAGCAAUGUCGGAUGGCCAUCUGUCACAGAUGGUUUAUCUGAGAUUCCUGCAUCACAGGGGGUUGGACUAGAUGACCCUUGGGUCCUUUCCAACUCUUAAGAUUCUAUGCUCUCUAAAAUGAGUCGUGUGGUCAAGAUCAAAAAUGUUACUUCCUAUAAAAUGAGUUCAGCAGUGCCUAGAAUCUGUUGCAGAAUACCAAGUGGAGCUCUAGAAUGUUGGGAAAGAAUAGAAACGAUGAUGAGAGAGUAAACAGGAAUAAAGGAAACGAAAUAGUCACAAAGUUUGUCAGCUUAUUUAGAAAGACAUGUUUCCCAGCAAAAUAGGCUUGUUUAGCACCUGUUUAAUGGCUACCGUCCCCAAACCACACAAGGUUUGUGUGAGUGUUGAGAGUUUGGGUCUUCCUCACCAUAGCAACUUCCUAGAGACUCACGCGAGCUCUGAAGUGCUAGGACUGACCUUUAUGGGUGUUUUAUAUUAUGUGACCUAUAUGAAGAAAUGGGCACAAGCAAUUAUGUCAUGCUCUGAGUAGACUUCCUGAAAUCAAUGGAAGUCAGUAUAGACAAGAGUGUAACUCUUAAGUGUAACUUAAGGCCUAUGCAAACAGCAGUAUCUUUUAACAAAUAGGAGGUAGCAAGAUUACAACCUAUGCAAUAUUUGGGAACCAUUAGUGGUGGAGUUUUAGAUCAAGAUAAUUCCUGGUAUAAGAUUUUUUUGACGGGGAUAGUGGUUUGAUGUGGCAGAAUUUAUUUCUUAGCUCCUGCUGUAUGCACAGAUAUAUUACAUAUUUUGAGAAUACAAAAUUCAAAUAAAGAUGUCAGUGAGUAUGAAGUUGCUGACAGAAAACAGAUUAUAUUAAAGCUGCUUUAGUAAAACCUCAUGUCUGUAUUUCUUGCGUCAUUUUUGAAGACAAGCUGAACAUUCAGCGUACCUUCUUCAUUUCACGGGAUUUGCUCUCUGGAAUAUUUCAACGUACAGUAGCUUGAACAUCAAGCCAAAGCGAACCUGGUGGAGCUGGACUGCUUUGUGGAAUAUCUUGAGUUGCCAAACCCUUCUUCCAGUCCUUGUUUACGCAUGUAUUUUGAUGAGUUGCCUUGCCUUUUGAUUGUAUGGUCCCUAAAUUGGCUUACAAGAUUGCAACAAUAUUGUGUCGGUGUUCAUUUUAAAAAACAGCCCUCUUUGUCAAGAGAUGUGCCCGGCAUACACUUCCUUUCUGAUUUUGAAGUCCCGGGGCAACUGGCAGUUAGGAAUAGAGCGUUAUUUUGGAAUAGAGGGAGGAAUCUUGCCCUCUGCAGCCAUUUCUUCUUCUACUCAUAACUGUGGCCAGGACUCAAAAUGCAAACUUCUCUCUUCCAUCUGAUUACCAGUUCACAGGCAACAAUACAUAGUAAUGCCAGUUACACAGAGUACCAGUUACAGCUACCUCUGAUUACUCGUAUCUUCCAAUUCAUUUUCGACUCAUAUCUUUCUUUGAAUUUUUUUUUCUCUUCAGGCUGCAAAGUAAUGAAACAUCAGAACCCAAAGAUGCUCAGAAACCGGACCCUCGCCAUCAGGAGUGGUUUACGAAAUACUUCUCUUUCUGAGAGAAACUAUUUAUAGAAUAUCCUACACGGAUAGUACUGUUGAUGUUAAUUAUUUAUAUAGUGCUUUGCAGAGUAAGAUAAGCAAGAUAACACAAGGACCAUAAACUCACGAGGUUUGUUAGUGAGAGAACCAUUAAAUUUGAUUUGACACAGCAGGAAAUUAACAUGAUUUUUAAAACAAACAACAUAUGGUUGAAAUAUUACCAUAAAUAAAUAAGUGCUUUUUAUAUGGAUGACCAAUCUUCAUGUAUAUACUAUUUUAUUUAUGUUAAUUUAAGACCCCUCUUAAUGUUUUAUUUCUAAUCCGCUUCAGUUCAAUAGGAUUCCCAGAGCAGCUUAUAAAAGAAUUACAACCCAAAACACUAAAAACACAUUUAGGUAGCACAGUAAACAAAGAAAGCAACAUAGGACAAGAAGUUAAGUUAUAUGUAUUUGAAUGCGCGAGCGGCAAAACCCAGAAGUAACCUGUUCUGGUACUUCCGGGUUGCUGCAGGACGUAACACGAAAAGACGCAACGUGAAGCGGACGCAACACGAGGUAUGACUGUAUCUCUAUAUCAUAAGAAUAUAUGAAGGGUCCAGUUGGAUCAGGCCAAAGGCUUAUCCACCAACAGCUUUAUGGUUCUUUGGAUGCUAAUAUUUCAUGGUGCAUCUGUGGCCAUUAGCGACAGAUUACAAAACAUGUUUUUCCUCGGUUAGGAAAUAGCGUUCUUCUAUUGUCUUUACCUUAACAUUAAAUCAAGCUAACUUCAGAACGUCUGCAUUAUUUGGAUUGUCGCAUUUAAAUACAUACAGCAUAAAAGCCAAGUGUUAGUGUUCAAACUGUUCAGUUUUCAAGAAGCAAAUUCAAGAACACCUACAAUUUCAGCCAGCAAUGUCAAUAUACUAUGUCAGAUUGCCAAACCCAUUUGGAACCAGAAUAUUUGGGAAAUGUCUGAAGCAAAACAGUGUACUUGAAAGAAAGCCAAACAAUUUUCUGAAUAAAAUAAGCCGAGGGUGCUUUGUAUAUAUAAAACAAACUUACUGUUACGUGAUCAAAAUAAAAAAUGAACAUUACCUAAAACUCAUUUGGUGAUG